AUGGUCCGUCUGCGAAAGGGGAAAACAACGCGCUGGCGAAAAGGCCAAAGUUGUGAGUCAAAUCCGGCGAUAAAAGUGCACAGAGAAGCGGUAAAGAGGGGCACAAUAGUAGGACACGCAACGCGAAACUCUAACCUUACUGUGGAAGCGCUCGCCAGACACGCAGAAAAACAUGAUGAAGACGGUGAUGUGGAGCUAAAAGACGACGAAGGAGUCAGCAUGAAGAGUGAGCAGACAUUCGGUGCUUUUAGUGUGAGUGGCUUGACUGAUUGUUCGAAUCCCGUGUUCGCUGCUGUCAGGCGGUUUUGGGAUUCUCCUGCGACGCAACACAAAGAGGUUUUUUUUUUUUUUUCAUAGUAUUUUUGGAGUAACCACAGAUUGCAGGCCUUAUUAUAAGGUCUUAAACAGAAGUGACUCGGUGGCUUGCUAGUCAUGAUGAGUGUUUAAAGAACUAGCAGAAUAUUAACUACUUAACGUGAGGUAUGACCUCUCACGCGAAAACGUUCGUUAAGGCUGGUUUACUAUUGACGGAGUCGGAGUCGGAGUCGGAAGAGCGCUUAUGACCCAGUGAAAAUCAAAAAUUGGAGUCGUAAGCGGAGUCAUAUGUGCGACGGAAUCGGAGUCAUAAGAGUCAGAAUGUUUCCAUUUCUCCUGACUCCACUUACAACUCCAUCACUUAGGUCCCGCUUAUAAUCCAGUGAAAACCAGAUUGUCGGAGUCGGAAACAGAAGCGGAAGGAUAACCUGAUCAAAAUGCGCGUUCCCACUCUUUGUUCUUCCUCCUCUGCUUGCUCCUCUGCUUCUGACUCUGACAAUCUGGUUUUCACCAGAUCAUAAGCGGAACGUAAGCGAAAGAGUCGUAAAGGAAAUUGGAACGCUGUUUUCACUAGAUCAUACGCUCUACACUUCUGAUUACGACUCCGACUCCGUCACUAGUGAAUGGUUUGCUGUUUUGAAAUGGAUAGCCUUUUGUGUGCCAUUCAUCAGCCGUUCGAAAUUGUCAGCAGUUUGAACAGCUCAAACGGCUGGAGCUAUCUUUUCCAAUUUGCAUUGUCAAUCUGUUUUCUAAGGCCAUGUCCACACGAGUCCGGACAAAAUUGUUUAAAUCACAUAUUUUUUUAUCUCCAUUCUUGUGGAUGGGGUCUUAAACUGCUCUGGCGGGCAGUUUCAAAACAAUGCAAUUUUGAUGAUCCCAACUCGCAAAAACCAACAUUGAGGGGGCAGGUUCCUUUAGUUAUUCUCCACACACAUUUCCGAGAAAUGUGGCGCAUUUCGGCUAGUCUGCGUGUAGACAAGUGUUCAGUGUUGUAAAUUGCAAGCAUGUGUGUGCCGUGCUAUUGAUAACACAUUUAAAGGCCCAUGUUCACCCUAGGUGCAUUGCGCGCCCUGUACUCCAGAAAAAACAUUCACGUAGUUGAAAAUCGCUGCCUUCAGUGUGUAGAGUCAAUCGUUGUUAAUCUUCCACAGUUCGCUAAAUCUGGUUGAAAAGAAAGUCUAAACAGGUUCUUUUGGUAUUUUUCUUUACAUCUUUUUGUAUAUUUUGGUCUGGUAUCAAGCCUUUUCGUUUUUGUGAGUGUUUGUUUCACUGUAGUACUUUCGAUGGCAGCACCAUUGAAACGAACUGUUGGAAGACUGUAUCGACGGGGUUGUCGAAGUACGCUUGUCUCCGUGAAUCCGUCUUUUUUAAUCUCUGGAGAGAUGGGAAAGAAGCUCUUGGCUUCAAAUUCUACAGACAGCGUGUUUGCUGAGUUCCUUUUACAUCGAAUGUUCAAUUGUAAACAAGGGUCCCGUUGAAAUCAGUUGAAAGCAAAACAAGCGAGUCAAUCUAACAUGAACAAUGCUUUAUUUAAAUUAACCUAUGAAGCCAGUGAUAUCCUUAGCGUAAACUUAUUGGCUUGCAUAUCACGAUUAAACUAAGUUACCGAGCACUAUUAUUAGCAAACCAAUCCUUAGCAAAACCCGAAAGAAAGUGUAACACAGCGAUUACAGCAACAGGACUGUAUGCAGUGCUGAUUCGACGCUUUGCAAACUCAACUUCUCUCUCAUUCUUUGGAGAACACAUUCCUAAGCUUCCUAAGAAUUAAUGCAAAAUGAUAGAUUGAGGAAUCAAAACAUUUCACAGUCGAAUCGGGCUUCAAGAAAAUCUCACCUCGUGCUUAGAUGUUUCAUAAUUUUAAGACCUUCAUGGUGUUCAUCGCACUCAACAAAGCAUCCAUACGCAUUCACUACCAGUUUAAAUCUUGAACUGCCUUCUCCGGUGACAAUUAACGAAGUCGCUGAUAUAUCUUCCUCCAUUUGGAAAAGAAUUAAAGUCUUACUAGUGUCUUUGAUACUGUCUCUUUAUAGAGACAGUAUCAAAGAGCUUCGGCCAAGUGUGAAAAAAAGCUAGUCUCUGUCACAGUCGUUUUUAGUAUUGUCCACGCAUUGCUCCUCAAAGUGGAAGCCAAUCAAAGCACUGCAUUUGACAAAGAGGCGUUUCAAAACAAAAACACAAGUGCGCAAAGCCGUUUGGGUGAACAUGGGCCUUUAAAAACUAUUUUCUAUACUUCUGUCAUUGUUAUUCGCCACUAAAACUUUAGUUCUUCUUUUACACUAUUCCAGAGACCACCUUAUAUUUAAUAUUAGUAAUGAAAAUGCAUAAUCUGGACAAAAUAAGAAACUAAUAAGUAUUAAGUAACCAUUUAAGGGUUUUUAGCAUUGGAUAAAUGUACCAUGAAAAGCCUCUGAAAAUUGUUAACGUUGCUGUGAAACUAAAUUUAGACAGAAGAAAUGUACUUCUUGAAGUCUUUUCUAGAAAAAAAGGGGAAAUUGUCACAAAAUAAACAUUUUCUGCUACUCCACUUUGUCUGGACAUUCCACAUACUUUUCCCUCAUAUUUUUUUGUUCCUUUUCAGGGCAGCUGAUAGUAUUUGUUGACAUUUUAAAAGUCACCGUAAAAUUAUCAGUGCUGUUUUUACUCUUUCCAGGUUUGUGCUGUGCUUGCUGCUGUCACAGAGGUAAGGACCACACAUGUACACAGUGCUGUCAACUCUCCCGGAUAAUCCAGGAGACUCCAGAUUUUGGACCGUAUCUCCCGGUCUCCAGAUUAGAGUAUGAAAUCUCCCGGACAUUAACCGACGUUUGCCAUUCAGCUGUAGACUUGACUUUCCGACCAUAAACUUUGAAAUAUUUUGCGUUGUUUGUGCUAUUUUACUGUUAAAAUCGAACAUUUCCUCAAUAAACGUCGGUAUGGUAUAUUAUGCCGUUGCAGUGUACUAAGAGAUACUCAAUAAUGUGAAACAUUGUAAAUUUGGGAUGAUUAACAAGUAUUUGUUGCACAAAUGACGUCGUAUACCAUGCGAUAUGAGGUCAUCUGUCAUCCCUUCCCUAUCAAUUCUCCAUAUUUGAAGAUGUGGGGGUUGACAGCCCUGUGUACAGUACAGUGUACAUUGUGCUUUUAGUAGUCAACGAAUAGAGCAAUGUUCACUUGACCUUGAAUAUUUAUGCACUAUCCAUUUGAAAGCAAAUGUAAGGAAUUCAAAUGUAAGAAUUUAAUGAAUAGACACAAACUUGUGCCAUAUGUGGUUGGUUAGUGAACACGCAAUGUAUUCCCAGCUGAAAAAAAAAAGAUUGCUGUAAAAUUAAUGAGUUCCUCAUAACUUUGGCUACAGGCUGAACUGGGCUGCCAAUUGGAGGAUUUGUGACAAAGUUGUCCUUGUCGUUAAGACUGGUGCUGUCAGAAACAUGAAUCUGCAUAGGCAGUUGAGAACAGUGAAUGGGAUAAAUGGGAUGAAUGGGAUAAAUUAAAUGAGUGUAACUUGAAAAUGAGUCCAUGGACUUUUCCUCACUCUUCAGUUUACACCCUUAGCAUUUUUUAUACAUGCCUAAUUAAUGAGUGCCUGCCUAAAUGGUUCACCAAAUUUAUUAUUUCAUUAAACUUAAACCUUAUUAAUACAUAAUUAAAUGUCACUGGUUCAAUUUUGUAGGUAAUUAAGUCAAAAGGUGGCAAAGAGUCAGAAACAGAAUACUUUGCAGCUUUGGUAUGUUUAAUUUUCUUGUUGUCUUUUUUUUUUUACAGUCAGCUACAAUUUUAAAGAAUUAGUAUACAAUGCUUUGAGAGUUGAGAAAAUAAAUGUACAGUAUACAGUGUACAUUGUGCAACCUGCUUGAUGUAACAAAGAGCCAAGGGACUGGCAAAAUUUGUUUGCCCUAACAAGGUUUUGUUAAAUCAAGGUGUAUAGAUGUGUCUCCAUGUGUGUACAUGCAUGUAUGCUAUACAUGUAUAUUAUAUUAAUUUACUAUUACUGGGGUAAAGAAAAUAGUUUGUUAGAUCACAGAUGUUGUUUUAUGGAGGUUUGUUACAUCGAGGUUCCACUGUAGAUAAAGCCUGCUUUGUAAAGGGAAACAAACACGUCAAAGAAAAAGCUGCAAGUGAUACUUCAAUUAAAAGGCGGAGCCUGGCUAAUCUAGAACUAAGCUUGGAACAAGACAGUGGUGUUAAUUCUGAAGUAACUUACAGUUUUUGUUUUUUAAUCAUUAGAUGACAGCUCUUGAAUCAGCAGAUGAAAUUGAAGCUGUUACAGCAAUAACAUUCUUGUUGAGUUUGGUUAUUAAAAGGUACAGUGUACAUGUGACCUAAAAAUAGAGCAACUGGUUCUCAAUUAUAAAAUAUUAUAGUUUCAGUUUUCGGUUGGUUCAUGUUCAAUUGCAUUUUAUUUUUCUUCUGUAGUGUCCCUGAUGCUAUCCUCAAAGCAAAAUUUUCCAAGUCUUGUCAAGUUCUGGUAAAGAUACUGGCUGCUCAUGCCUCAGAUGGUGCUCCAGGGCUACUUAGACCUGUAAGCUUUUUAAUAAUUUUAUAAUUAUUACCAACAGUUCAUUAUGCCAUAUAUGUACUGUAGUACAGCUGUAAGGAGCACUUUGUUAUCAGAACGUCAUCUGACUUGAAUAGCUAACAAGCAGACCUGCCACAUUAUAACCUAAAAGUGUAAUAUUCUACAGUAUUAUCUCUAUGACUAUUCACUGCUGUAAUCCAAUGUGGCAUGAAUUUCAUUUCCUUUUUUCCAGACUUGCUAGUCAUACGUGUUUGGGAGUAGAUUUGUUGUUGCGCCUUGGCAUUUUUUCUCACAUUGUAUUUAUAGCUUUUUUGUGAGUUCUUCAGUUUCCCUCUCUCUGCAAAAAGCAGUGUUUCCAAAUUGUAAUAGGUUUUUAUUAGCAAUCCACUGUACAGAUGUACAUGUAUAUACGUUAAUUUUCAUUAAAAACUGAAUCAUUGGGUAAUGCAAAUCUAGAGCUGUGAUUGGCUUAGCCAUCAUGGUGUAUGAGCCAUUAUACCAUAAUAUUAUUGCUCCAGUGUUGAGGUGACACAAGUCCACGUACUGAUGUUUAUAUUUCUUAUCUUCUUACUUCGAUAAACACCUUAGGCCCGGUUCAGACGCUGAACUUUUCAUGAGCAGAACCUAAUUCAAAUUAAGGCUGACCCAAAUUAUUUAGACUGGCUAAAUUGAGUCAGACGCCGAUCUUAAUUCCAGCCAAACUAAAUUCAGAAGGCGAAAAAUGCGCAUUUCAGUCAAACUUAAGAAUUUAUGCAUUAGGUUCGGUACAUGAAAAGUUCGGCGUCUGAAUCAAAGGUGUUCCAAAGUUGAUUCAAAGGCGAAAUUUCCGGCUGGGCUAGGCGAAAAGAACUGCUUAGCUGUUCCAAAUUGAAACAGGCAUUCCUUAUUGAUUCAGACGCUGAACUUUUCAUUUAGUUAAUUCAAUGUGGUGAUGUCAUUAAAAACACUAGAACUAGGGAAACUGUACAAAAACUUGCAUCAACUAACCGCAAACACAAAAAACUUAACCUUUUACUAAAAAAAAUUGCGUGGCGCUUUCGUGUGUGCCCUAGCUUGUAUUAGAAAGAACUUUGUAGUUAAAUCUAGAAAUUGCGUUAGCGUGUGCAUGAAGCAAACAAAGAUUUUGCAUUAAAAAUAUGUGGAUUAAACGUGCGGCUUAUCUCCGUAGCUACACUCCAACCAAAUUAUUUAUGUUUCUAAAUCAACGUAACGAUCAUGAAUGGAUAAUUUUACUCUGCACAUCAAGCAUUGUUACUGGAACUUGUCUUAGCCCACGCUUUCAAACAGGAGUUGAUGUGAGAAUUUGUGUCGUUUUCCUUCUUCUGAGGAUUUCUAGAUCCAAGCUUUAUCUUCACCGAACGAACGAGGCCUUGUUGAUCUGCUGAAGUACAUGUAUGAUCUCAUGAUCCUGCAAAGGGGCCACUUGCUUCGUGGAACUUCUUCUUGAACGAUUAUGUCACCAAUUUUCAGAUUUCUCUUUGGCUGAAACCAUUUUUGUCUCGAAUUGAGGUUGAUGAGGUACUCCUUUCACCACCUACUCCAAAAUUGUUCUGCCAGAAACUGGACCUUUUGCCAUUGUUUUCUGGUUUAAAUUUCUUUCUUGACGAAACUUCCUUGAGGUGUAAGAAGUGUCUUGUUCUUCAUGAUGAGGAGAUGAUUUGUCGUUAGAGGCUAUAAACUCUUUGGAUCGUUCAGGCAUUUAUACGUCAAUGGUUGACUGUUGAUUGUAGCCAUGAUUUCAUACAAGAAGGUGCACAGUGAGGACAUUUCAGGCCUUCCCCUGUAAUCGUUUAGGGCAGAGUUUAGAAUGCUUCUUGUAGUCCAAAUCUGUCUUCCCAUACUCCUCCCUAGUGACUUGCAUAAGGGACAUUCGUAAAGAAUUUGCUGCGAUUGGUUGUCAGAUAGGAUUGAAUCUUGUCAUUAUCUAACUCCUUCAUGGAGUUUGCAAGUUCAUUCCUUGCUCCUGCAAAGUUUGAGCCUUGGCUGGACCUUAGCUGUUUGUUUGAUUGGUCCUCCAGUUGGUGUGAAGCAUCUUAAGGCAUUGAUGAAGGCAUGGGUUGUCAUGUCAUCUAACUGCUCUAUGUGCACUGCUCAAGAACUCAUGCAGGUGAAUAUCACUGUGUAUCUGUUCAGUUCCUUUCUUCUUUCCUUAACUAUGAAUGGCCCAAAGCAACACAGUAUGUAAAGUGUGCGGUAGAUGCCACUCUAUCUUCGUGGAGAUCUGCCAUCUUCUGGCCUUCUGUUGGUCUUCUCUGUUGUCUGCAUUGUACUCAUUUAUAAACGUGAGGCUAUGCAGCAUUGAGGCCUAGUAACUGUAUUCCUUUGGAACGAAUUUCGUUUAUCAUCAUUGCCUUUCCUUGAUGCCUGACCCUCUUGUGAAAAUGAUCAAUGACCAUCUUCGUUAUCUGAGAACAUUUCUUGGUAGGAUUAUUUGGUGUUUAACAUCAAAUGGCAAGGUAGAGUUUUCCAGCCUUUCACCAACCCUUAUCAGUCCUUGAUCAUCAAUGAAGGGAUCCAACCUUAACAGGGGGCAUUGCUUGGUGAGCUUGGGUUUCUGCUCCUCAUGACUUAGGCUUGGAAUUUCAUUCUUGAAUGCUGGUCGUUGGAGCUCCUUAAAAAAAAAAAGGAUUUGAGCAUCUUUUCGUUCAGCUACUGUUGUAGUAACUGCCUUUGGCUUGUUCUCCUUGAAGGGUCUUCUCAGGUGUGAGAUUACUCUGACUUCCCUUGUCCAGUUAGAGAAUCUUGACACAUAGUUGAUUAGGUUGAAAGAUUCUUUAACCUCAGUCGUGUGUACAGUUACCUUAACUUCUGGGUCUCCAAUUCGAAUAUUUGGAAUCUCUUCUUUAGUGGUCGGGAUUUCUUUCUCCCAAAGGAAUGCGGGUCCACUGAACCAGUUGGACCUCAUUAGUUCUUCAGCACUUGAUCCUCUCGAGGCAUGAUCUGCUGGAUUAUUCAUGGUGUCGAUGUGUUGCCAUUGCUUGGUGUCAGUGUUGGAUCUGAUUAUCUGUACUCUGUUGGUGACAAACGUAUGGAAUCUUUUGGUGUCAUUGUUUCUGUCUUUAGAGUCGGUCCAAAAGUACUGUUUAAGAUUGGUGUAGUUUAAUUCUUCUUGAAGCAUCAUGCCAAGUUUUGCAGAAACUACUGCAGCAGUGAGCUCUAACCUUGAUAUAGUAGUAAUCUUCAGUGGAGCGACACAGGCGUUUUCCCAUCCUUAAUGAGGCAUUCACCUUUCUGUCUUCAUGAUGCAGAUUCUAAUUUUUUCACUGCAUUACAAGAAGAGAUAGGAUUGGAUUCGCUUCUGCUUCAGCGUUGAUAUUGGCCAUAAAGGUCUUGAAAUCUGGAUAUCUCUUUCGUUCUAUCAUUUCUCUUUUGCCUUCUCUGUUCCAUCGAGAGAUAAGCCAGUCUGGUAACUUGGCAAGCAACUUCUGAUUUUCCAUAUAGUCAUUUAAGAUGGUUAGAUCCUUGAUUGUUUGCAUUGCUGUUUCUAUAUUUGUUAAGAAAUCAACGAAUCCUCUGCUUAUGGCUUGCUUGGCUGAUCCGCUAGCGUAGGGUUGCAAGUAAUAUGUCUUGUUGCAUAGAGGUAAGUUUUUUCGGUGUAUAAGAGCAUAGAAGGACAACUUCCAAUCUGGAUAAUGGAUGGGUUCAUCACUGAAGGUGGUUGGUCUGAAUGCUGGGAGGCGACUUAAACUGAAUGAAUCUGCUAUUGUAGUUAUGAUCUUGGUGGUUUUAUCAACACUUGAAGACUCUUGAAGGACACUAGGAGACUUGUGCAUGUCUUGAAGCUGCUGAGUGGGCUGCGUUACUUUUGAUGCGUUACUGUACUUCUGAUCUUAAAUGCCUGGGCUCCUGUGGCAGAGGUAGGGAUGCUGAGGUUGUCAGAAUAAGGGAAGCAGGCGAGAGAUCGUGUUCGAUGGGAUCCUUCUCAUUUUCGAUCUCUUCGGUUACUUGGUAUGCCUUUAGCCUCACCCUUGCCAUGUCCAAUUGUUUCUUCACUUCCAUCUGUUGUAACUCCAUUUUUCUUCGUGCCAGUUCUGAUUCAAUCCUUGUUGUUUCAGCCCUUAGCUGUGCCUCCAUCUUGGCAAAUUCUUGCUUACGUUUUGCUUCUUCUUGGGGGACGUUAAGUUUGGCUUCCUUUGCAGCCAGCUCUGCAAUCACAUCGGCUUUCCUUAGGUCGAUUAGUGAAGAUACUCUUGAAGACUUAGUGACCCUUGAGUGACCUGAGAUAAUGGAUCUACUUUGAACAGGCCUUCUAUCAUUGCAUGAUGUAAGAUUACCAUCUUCAGAUUGUUUCAGUUGAUGUUCCAGAGUCUUGGUUAAUGCAUCGCAUGCAUCUAUCUUUUGGCGAAUUUCUUGUCCUUGGAGGCCGAACCUUCCAUAAAGAAAGAUUUCGGAUAAAAAAUAAGUGGAUUAAACAUGUCGCUAAUCAUGGUAGCUACAUACCAUUCUCUCCAAAUAUGGUAACUAUACGUGUCUGCUUAAAAUUAAAAACCGUCUGAAAAUCGGUUGUGUUUACAAAUAAAGUUGGGAAGAAUUCACGAUAUUUUGUGAGCAUUUUUAAUGAAACAAUUAUUCCACUCGUGCUUGUUGGAUAUGAGAUGAUUAUAGCCAACUCGGUGCUACACACCUCGUUGGCUAUCUACAUGUACCAUCUCGUAUCCAACGUGCACUCUUGGAAUAAAUGUUAAGUAUACCAAAAAAUGACCACCAUAUCAUCAUCAUCGUCGUCGUCAUCAUCAUCAUCAUCAUCAUCAUCAUCAUCAUCAUCAUUAAUCAUAAUCAGUCAUUAUCAUCAUCAAUCAUCGAUCAUCAUCAUCAUCAUCAUCAUCAUCAUCAUCAUCAUCAUCAUCAUCAUCAAUCAUAAUCAGUCAUUAUCAUCAUCAAUCAUCGAUCAUCAUCAUCAUUAUCAUCCUCAUCAUCAAUCAUUAUCAUUAUUGUCAUUAACACAUAGUUCAUAUACAUUGUGCACAUUACUUUUAGUGCAUUCAUCCUUUAAAAUAUAAAAGUUCAUUCACUUGUGAUUUAUGUGGAAUUACUUGCACUUGUGAAAUAAAAAUAAUACUUGUAAUCGUGUCCUUUUUUCAUUCAUCUUAGCUGCUGGGCUGUCUGUGUAGGUUGUUAGGUGUUCAAGAAGGAGCUGUGUGGUCAGAAUCAUCUACAAUGACCAUUUACAAUGGCCUACUCAGUUUUGUUAUACACAGCAAACCCAAGGUAUAUAGAUUUUGUUGUACUUCCAGUGUGUAUGUGCACUUGAGGGGUCAAUAAAUAGGUCAUUUUCCUGCAGUAUCUACAUGCAUGUAUGUGUAUGUGGUUAACCCAUUGGACCCUGGCUAAAACUUACCAUAAAGUCAUUUACAGGUUGUUCACUUCGUGGCCUUCUGAUCCAGAUGAAAUUACUAUUUGCAUCUGGAUCAGAAGGCGGCAAAGUAAUAUUAUUACCUUGCGAAGUUUGGGCAUGUGCAGAAAGUAAAAUUUCGAGAUACACGGCAUUGUUUUUGGGUUUAGAAGUGACACAGUCGUCUUGACUUUUAUGUUUCACUUUCUCCCCUCUCCUCUUGUAUCGCUUUGCUUGCCUUAGUUUUGUUUCUUUUGCUGGGCAUUUAGUAGGCUUCAUUUUGGUGGGAAAAGUUUUUAGGAAAGCUUUUAGGAUCUACUGUAGUAGUGGAACAAGAUUUUCAUGGUCUUUUUCUGCGGUUUCCUUGACUGAAUUGUGCUCAUUCUGGUGAUCUCAGUUCAUUAAUUAUGUUUGUUCGUAAUAUUAUGCAUGUAGGUCCGUAAAGCUGCACAAGAAGCUGUAACAUUGCUGUUCAAGAAGCCUCCAGGAGAUUUAUCGUACCAUCCAGCAUCAUCAGCAACUAUCAAGUUCUGUGUCAAGCAGAUUGAAGAGCAUGGAGGUAUGGUUAUAUGUAAUGAAUGAUGUACAUGUACUUCUAACUGCAACUUAGAAGGUCACUGAACUGCAAGUACAUAUAUUAUAUAACUUGCAGGGUUUUUUUUUCAACUUUGCAUCAGAUGGUAUCAGUGCAUGUAAGUCUUUUGCCUAAUUGGCCUCAGCAGAUAACACCCUCCUCUGUCGCAAAAUUCUUCUGAUCAUACUCAACCUCUGGGUAUGGGUAUGGGAUUAUUAACACAAGACCAACAGAGUCAGAAAACCUCAGCAAGCUUUACAAGAUCUUCAAGUUUGGUGUUUAUCAGGGCAAUGAUGAACAAGAUACAGCCAUCCAAAACUUGAGAAUAUCCUGAGAAUGUCUAUAGUAGACCUCUAAAAAAAGGUGUCCAGGAAUCCAUUGAUCAAUAUUACCAGUAGUCUGACAAACACAGAACUUGGGGAUUUUUUAAAGCUCAUUAUACUCUUUCUAACUUUGUUGGUCUUGUGCUGAUAAUCCUGUUAUGAUUGAUUUUCAUACAGACCCACAUCCAGUCCUGUCCUGUUUAAAAUCCACGAAUGUUAACAUUAAGUAAAGCUCCUAAUCCUCUUCCAAGUUUUAUUAAUUUGUCAAUCAAUUUACAUGUAUGCACGUCAUUAUUUGUAAUGGCCAAAGUUUUGCUAGCCUCUUAAACAAGAGGUUGAGUUCAUGGUAAACCUUACACCAGCACUGUUUUUUUUAAUGUCCUCACAUGUAACACAGUGGCAGAGGGUGUGAGAUUUUGUCUAUACUUUUUGUGCGAAAAGUGAUAAAUGAUGUUGUAGCUUGCAGUCAAUGUUCAACUCAUUGUUUGGAAUAGAGCUCAUAUCUAUUCCCAUUCAGCAACAUUAUUUUAUUAUGUCAAGUCCAACAGUCAAAUUUUAAUUGACCGGCAAUUGUUUAACCAUUAAAUCUUAGAUUUCCCAGCACUAGACUAUAGCUACAAUGAGGGACAAGUCUUGAGACACAUCUUUAAAACCAUUAAAUUACCCCCAAAAUCUAGUUCUAUAACCCAGCAGGAUUUGUGGCAUUUGUCAUUUGAACAGAAUGAAAAUAAUAAUAAAUGAAUGAAAUUUUUGACAAAAGUACACAUUUUAGACAAGUGUGUCAGCUACUUUUGUCCCUGAUUGUAGUUUCUGUAAAUGAUUGCCAACCUCUGAAUCCAGGGAAGAUGCAUUUUUCUAAUAGAUCCUUGUCUUAAAUAAUAAAGGAUCUGCACAAGGAGCAGUGACUACUCUUCAUGUCAUUGGUGUUCUAAAAGAGAUACUUCCUCUUCUACCUGGCCAGGUCUGUGUUCAUUACAUUCCUAGAAUUUUUUGCCUUUUGGUCAUCCAUUGGUUUAUUUUUUACUACUGUUAUAUUUCAUCUCAUUUAGUGUUGUAUUCUUACAUUUACAUGUACUUUUAUGUAUCAACCUGUUAGUGAAACCAACAAAAUGGAGUGGUGAUGGUAAUAGCAAUAAUUUAUAAUGUAUGGUGUAAAACAAAUUUUUCUCCAGGAAAACAACACAGACAAUGUUUUUGUCUGAAAUUGUAUGGUACCAAGGCUGUGCUCUAAGGAAAAUUGAAGGGAGCCCAAUGCUCUGAACCUGUAAAAUCUAGGGUGGCCAGCAUAUGAUUUGUAUGAAAAAACUAAGAUUUUCUGCUCACCUGAGAGCAAAAUUUAGGGGCCAGAGGCCACUGGACUCUGCUAGAGCACAGCCCUGCAACAUACAUUUUGUGUACGUUUUAAUUUUCAAUCAGAGUUACAUAUUAUGUGGAACACUAUUUUUUUAAAAAAAUUAAAAAUUGAAUGCAAUACAUAGUAAUUUGUUUCUAAAGAAAUAUUCCUACUCAGGAUUCUGUAAGAAACUGGCAGUGGUAUAUUUACUUAUGAAUUACCUGAAACCUAACUGUCCUAAAUUUUACUAAUUUUACCUUUUUUAGAAUGUAAAGACAGUUUGUGAGUGCCUGUUGAAGCUUAUGACACUAGGAAAUGUGGUAGGUAUGAUGUCGGCAUUGCAGUCAAUAGUAUCAUGAGUUUUGUCUGGUGGCUUUGUUUACUUGGAUUUUGUUUUGUUUGGUUUCAUUAUGUUUAGUUAUUAUUAUUUUUUAAAUAAUUACUUUAAUUUACACUACAUGUAUGAUAAAGGUCAUGCAGCUGCUGACCUUGAGGACCCUCUGAUUUUAAAGUGCUAAAAAAAUUGCGGGAACAAAUUUGACCUUUAAGUGAAUGAAAUGCUGAACAUCAAACAAUUAAGACCACCGAAUGUCUAAACAGAUUCAAUCCAUGCUUAAGUCUUUGUCUGGUUUAGCUUUCUUUAUUAACAUUUACAGGAUUUGAACUCACUUUCAGUCACUCAUUCUUUGAUAAUGGCAUCACGAGGUUGAUGUUGCUGAAAUGUCACAGGGUUUUAUCAUCAGUUUUUACUUGUUUAAAUAUUACUUUAUAUUUAUUUACUUGAUUCCUUUUUUUGUCAGAUGGUUACAGUGAACUCCCUUCAAGCCAUUUACAAGUUACUGUGUGCGUCACCUGACACUUCAACUCUUGGCAAACAGCUCAAUGCUCAGCUUAUUAAUGUAAGAACUGUUACUGCAUUGUUUCAGAUAGCCAACAAUGCCCAGGUUGAAUACACUUACAUUGGUGAAACUGGACAUUUUCUGUCUCCUGGAAAUUCCACACUGAUGACGUUGCUAGUUGUUGACAUACCCAGUCAUCUGUUAGGAUUUGGUUCAAAGUGAGGGAAAUCGGGUGCUCUUCUAUUUUCUCAUUGUCUUUUUCUUUGACAGUCUGUGAUCAUUCCAGACAAGGAAAACUGAUGGAUUUUACAGUUGUGCAUGUUGAAGAUCAGUUAGCUAAUUUAGGUUUACAUUGGUUCCAGUCCCCACCACAUUAUUUCUCACUGUAGCUUGACUAACGAUCUUUUGUAGUUGACUACACAAACUUGGGUGGCAAAAAAGGUUGAAAAUAAAAUUGAAAGAAAAGGCUAUAAUAUUGUUCAGAACAAUUCUUGUCUGUCACCUGAAAAGUUAGAUACAGAACUUUAGUAUUCAAAGUUCAAUGCUGUGCUUUAUUUACAUACUUCCAGGCUCUUUAUGACUAUCAACCCAGUAUAAAUGAUGAAGACCCAUCACAAGCCUGGAUCUCAACCAUGGAGAAGGCUUAUGUGAACCUUGGAAGGUGAUGUACAUGUAGUUUAUUCAAUAGUAUGCUAUAAUUAAGUAUCAUCAUUAUGUUUUUCCUGUUUGAAAAAUGGUAUCCUAGUAUGCCAGUUGUUAUACUCACCUUUUAAACAUGUACACUGUACAUUAGCUGUUCAAGAAUACAGUCAGGUGUAGUGGCUGUUACUUAAUAGAGUGGAUGAAUUACAGUGUGAGCCCAUGGGCUUUCCCUAUUGUCCUCGCAAGAAAAAAAAGACAAAAGAUGAGGUUUUGCAUGAGGAUGCACAUUUGCUGCCAGCUUUUCAUGCUUAUAAGAUCAUGUCUGUAAGUCAAAAUAGAUUUAAAAAUAAUUUAAAAACUGGAUAUGACAGCUUCAUAGCAGACAAGAGCACAGGGAGGAACAGCAUUCACAGCUGGUAAUAUGUUGUGGUAAUACGCAGUGAUGCCAUUUGGAUUUUGCAAUGCACCUGUGACCUUUGCAUGACUGACAGACAUAUUUUUGGGAACAUACCAUCACCACUUUUGACAACUUUAUUGCACAUGUUGCAACCUUAGAUGUUGAGGAUGUGAAGCUCGCGGCAGUUCUUAAGUUGAACCUUAAAAAGUACACACAUACAUUUGUAUGAAUCGAGGAUCAAAAAUCAAGUCAAGAGUCAUGAUGUGAUUCUUGAUGAUAGUGUAUUAAUUCUUGAUGCUCAAUUCCCGUAAGAAUCACCAAGGAGAACGUUUCUUUGUCAAAGUUCCAGUUAUUGACCCUCUACUCUUCAUAAUCUUGGGCUGUGAGGAAUUUUCACACUUUGAGUAAUCGUUUUACUUCUUGAGGGAACACCGUGAAAUGUUUUUAAAGCAUCACAGUUUGGUUGGUUUUGUUAUGGCCAUGUCACCCAGACAAAACAACCAAAACAGUACGAAAUCUGCGAUGAAUGUGCUAUGCUAUGUUUAUAAAAGAAUGCUGUUUUAGCUAGCUGAAUCCUGUUGUAUAAUACUCCCACAGAGAACCCAAAUACUGCAUUAGCUCCAUCAUAAUCCGUUGCUAUUUAGUUGACUGUUUCCCUGGGUCUUUAAGAGUCAUUUUGGAAGAGAUUUCAAUCAGAUUGAAGAUAGUUUACCUUGCUGGUUUUUUAAUGUUCAAUCUUGUCUGACACACACUAUUUAUGUCUCAAGGUUUAAUUAAUUAUUAGUAACUAUUGACUCUCCUUGGGAGACAAUCUUGCAUUUUAAUCUACAAGAAACAUUCAGAACCGGCAAGGUAACCUGUCCUCGAUCUGAUUGAAAUCUCACCUUUUUUAAAAUGACUAACUAAAACACAAGUAUCUUCUCAGGAACACAAGUGAAUAACAACAGAUUAUGAUAUAGCUAAUACAGUGUUCGGGUUCCCUGUGAUACUCCCAACAGAACUGAAAAUACCACCCUACAGAAAAAAACUAUUUAUUAACAGCCAUAUUUAAGAAUACUAGAAAACACAUUCAUAAGAGAACAACAUAUAGAUCAGAACAAACCAGUACAUGUAAUUGAACCCAAAUGUUUCCUUAUUGCAGAUUAGAUGCAGUGCUGGGUUACAACCACGUCCCAAGAUUUUUUAAUUCCCUAAUGAAUUACUAUCUAUCAGACCACUUGGCCCUUGCCACAGCUGUUCAAAAUACAAUGAAGGUAUUAGCAUUGCUAUAGAAUAGAAAAAAUAAUGUUUAUAAAUCUAAAAAGAAAGCUUUAGUUGUGUCAAAUGUCUUUCAGAUGUUAAAGAGGGUCUUGUUGAUCAUGAUUAGGAUGGGACUAUAUUUUUGUUAUUAGACACAUUUACAAUGUACAUGUAGAACCAUGGUUUUAUGUCUCACCUUGCUGUUUGAGUUUUGAUCCAUUGUCCACUUUUGCACAGCGUUAGCCUUUUAUAGGCAGUGGUGGUUUAAUGUUGUUUUCUACUUUUACUUGUAGACAUUGCUUCUUAGUCUUGCACCUAUUGCAGAAGAAGUCUGUGCAGAGGUUACCAAGUUGCCAGGUGCAAGCAAUACAUCUCUGCAGAAGAUAAUCAAGUAAGGGUUUAUUUAUGUAUUUAUAUAAAGCCUUUUAUUGCUAUGUUUACCACUUUGUUAUUGUCAGGGUAGUCACUAAGAUUUCAUGUUGUUGGGUACAAGCAAUCAGUAGGCAGGAGAAUUAAACAGCUACACGUAGGAAAAUGUUCUGGUUCCAGUUUUUGUUUGUUUCCGAUGAAAGAUGCCAGGCAUCAUCAUCAUUGAACUCAGGGCAGACCUGCACUGCUGGUCCUAGUGGCAGCCCUGAUUGUAAAUCACUUGAACCCCGGGAUAAUGUGAUUAUUAGGUUGAAUGAUAGCUGAGAUUUGUUCCUACACAGGUGCAUGGAGUCAGGUCUUCAAUAUCGUUAUCAAGCAUCUUGGGCUUCCAUUUUGGAAGUGAUCAAAGUUACAUUUGAGGUAGGCCUUGCAUAAAAUAAAAUGUUCGAUGUUGUUUUCAUGUGUGUCUUUUACCUAAACCUUUUCAAUCCCAGAGUCAACAGGCCAUUUCUAAGAAGAAAAAGAAGAGCUGUUUGUUCAGAAUCUGUAAAAACCUUAUUGGACAUUACUGCAAAACUAAACGAGUGCAAAACAAAGACUUUCAGCAAGAGAACCAUGCAAGGGUAUUGCAUUCAGAAGAAUAUAAAAGGUUAGCAAAAAAGAAAAUGGUGGUUCGGGAAGUGAAUCCAAAAGAGUGAGUCAAGUGCAAAGAGGUCGAACAAUAGACAACUACUGGAAAAAAAGUAACAUUUUCCAACAAAAGUCAGAUUGUGCUCAGUAUAAACGACCACGUUUACAUUUGGUGAAAAGAGGACGAAAAGUACAACCCACACAACAAGUUUGAUGAUCUGGAGAUAUAUUUGUGUUGAUAAUACUGGAACUCUGACUGCGGUUAAAGGCAACAUUAACUCUCCAAGUACAUAUUGACAUCCUAGACAGGAACUUAUGGCCAGUAGUUGUCUGGUAUGUUGAAGAUAAACACUACUUUUUCAUGGAUGACAAUGCACCUGUUCACAGAGCCCACACAAAAGUAUAAGAUCAAAACAAAGUAACCUUUAUGGAAUGACCAGCAUUAUCACUAUAUUUACAUACAAUAGAAAAUACUUGGCUGUACCUGAAAAGUGAGCUACAAAAGGCCGCGGUAAAUAUCACGACCAAAAAUGAUCUGUGUGAAAUCCAGAGCAUUUGGCGGAAGAUCAAAUUGGAUUAUUUAAGAAACCUUUACCAGUCCAUACCCGACCGCCUAGACAAUACAAUAAUCUCAGAUUAGGAAGUGUGUUCGAGCUUUUUGUAGGUUAACUGUCAAAUGUGACAUUAUUUGCUAAUAAAUUAACGCUGCAGUACCAAUUGAUACGGACAGUGUGAGGUUUUGAUAACGUGUGUAACAGGCGAUCAAAGAAGAAGGUUAAGGUGGCAUGUAGGCUUUAACACGAGUGGGGAAAAGGAUGGAGGGAAAGAGGAAGAGAAACCCUUCUGUCCUGUUCUUUUGGUCUUCUUGGUUUUUUUGCAUGUCUAAAUUUCCCCAUCUCUCUUCCUGUUUGAAAGCACGUUAUGUGGGCUAUGUCUUAAUAACCAUUGUUAACACUAUUUACUGUACCACAGUGUACCUUUUUAUGACUUUUGAAAGAGGUAUUGUACUGUAACAAAGAACUGUGAAUGAGUCUAGUUUCUUGUAUUUUAAUGGAAUGAAUAUGAAGUUCAACAAUACGUUAUAAAACUGUUUUUUUUAAUGGUUAUAGGAGAUCAACGUAAAUUUUAAGGUUGAAAAACUCCACAUAGUAGUCUGUCAUAUUUAAAACGGCUAACUGUAAAUGAACGAUAAGAUUGUCACUCUACAGAUUCAAAUGUGAGGAAACUGUAACAAAAACUUUGUUAAAUAUCCAGCUCAGUGUAGGUUACUGGGUGCAAGUUUCUGAAUCAUAAGAUUUUCAAAACUUCCAAUAAUAUCUUGCAAAUGGUCUGGUAUCAUUGCAAAGCAACUCCGUGAAAACAGCUAGUGAACAACAUUUACGUACUGUAGGCUAAAAUUUGGAAAAUGGCACUUUGUAAGCAAAUUGAACAAUAAUAUUGUGGAACAGUGUAGUGAUGCAACAAAACACUAACAAGACUUGCACUGUCCUACAAGUAUGUUAUAAUAGGACUUAUGUCAAGUGCAAGACAACAAUGUUUCAGCUUUUAGUUUCUAUAUUUUAAUGGGAUCAAUGUCGAUGAGUUUGUGGGAUUGUGUGUCGUAACUUAACUUUGCCAUAUCAAUGUCCAACAGCGUCUCAAGGACUUCAUCUUCUUCUGCUUCUUCGUGUAAUCCGGGUAGUGCAAACAACUUGCUGACUAUUUGUUGACCGCGAAUGUUGAGGUUAAUCUUUGUGUUUCUUUCCUCUUGGUUUUCAACGUACAGUCUGUGGCUCCACUGGACGUUGCAAGCAGUUGACUUCUGUGGAAUCUUGCAAUAUUCACAGAGUGCGACCUUUCCUUUUAUUGUUACCUUUUAAAUGCAGUGAGAGUAUGAACUGUUCUUAUUAAUGCUGCUUAUUCCUAGAAUACGUGCGGUAAUCUCUUUGGAGGUUGAGAUUUUGUCAAGUUUAGGAAGUGGGGUUUUGAAGGGUUCCACUUCUUCUCUUGUACACUCUGUUUGCUGUUUUGGUGUGUUAAGGUAUUUCUGAUCAGCAUUUCCUUUCACUCUCAGUUUAUUAAAGAAGUAGGUGCAACCUUGCUUUAGAUGGUUUGCAUAAUUGCCCCAAAGGACUAUUUUUAUGGUUCUGGAAGGAUCUGUUACGUACCCUUCUUGCAUUUUUAAUUUAGUUCCUUUUAUCAGAAUUUUCUUUGUACCUCCUACGUAGGCAAGGUAGUCCUUUAUAGGGACAAGUUGCUCUGAUCUGGUGCAACAUUGGCUAGAGAUUGGAUUGAUGUGACAUCUUCUUGGCCUUCAUACUUGAAGUCAGCGGCUGUUGGUGCAAUUGUUGUGUGUUUGCACAUCUUGUACUGAGGCUGUAUUUUUUUUAGCUUGACUGGUGAUUUCUGGUUUUGAAUGGCUUUCAGGGUGUCUUUUUUACCGCUGCAAAACAUUCACCUCAUUAAGUGUCAGUUUGUGUCUGGAGAUUGCAGUCGAAAUAGUUGGCAUGUCCAGACGUUUUGACAGGUGAUACCGAGUGAAUGUAACAUGUUAAUUCUUCUCUAGGAAGAGAAGCAAGUAAGUAUCAUUUUUAAUAAGACCUUUGUUUUCCAUGACGCAAAAGAAUGCCUGGUAUGAUUUUAGAGAGUGAGAUCAGUUAUUGUUUCUUAAAGGUACUUAUGGACAUUUAACAACUAACAAUUUUUAUGGACAUUUAACAAUUAACAAUUUUCUUACCAGCUAUAAUGUCUGCUAGCAGCAUCCAAUCUUCUUUUUCUGUAACAGGUUGCAUCGACUGCUCAUUCUGAGGUUCCUGUUCUUCGCUACUUUAUACAUUUUGUAAUUUUUCAUACCAGUCUGGUACAUGUUGCUUUGCAGCUGUGCUUUCCAGAAAGUCUUUCCAUUUCGUUACAAAUACUUGUUCAGUCCCUUCCUGAUCACCCCAAGCAUUGUUCUGAUUUGUGUGCCGUGGUUUAUACUUCAGCAACUGGUAUUUACAGUAAAAAGGAAAGUUUUGUCAUUUCACAUUUGAUGUGAGAGUUGGAAAUACUCUAGGUAUCAUUUUCCCAGCCUGAUUUACUAGCUUGUCAUUUGCUACUUUGUAUUAUUUUGCAAAAUUGAUGAAAUUCAUUUCCAGAAAGUCAGGGACUUCUUUAACAUAUUUUUGGCCUUUGGAGUAAGUGUCAAGAGUAGAGUCAUGAGUUUUAAUAUCUGCAUCUCCUCUUUUAACUUUUACCCUAUGAGAGCCGUUCAACUUUAUGAGCACUACAUUGAAUGAGCAGCUUAUCAGCAGUCAGAGAUAACAAAUGGUGCCUAACCUCUUUUGCAGAGUAAUCAUGUUUUUUUGCAGAAUAAUCACGUUGACUGAGUGACUUCAUAAUAAUUUUUUAAUUAGUUUACAGUUUUGGAAUUAUUGCAUUGAUUAAUAAGAGAGUUAAAUGCAACUUUGAUUACAGACGAGUUUGGUUCACUUUUAGAAGGAUAUUUUGCUAGGUUCUCAACACAAGCAUGAUAGUCUACCACAGCCUGAAUGUCACAAUUUCCUCUUUAACCUUGAAGUUGAAGUUUCUGGUGGUUGUUAAGUCUAGGGUCAUUUCUCUUUGUCACUACUUAAACUUUGUACUGUGGAUUUCCAGACUUUGUGUUUAUAGCCUCAAAUUGCAGUUUGGUAUGAUCAUUGUUUUCAAAUGGGAAUCCAAACCUGCACUUAAGAUUCAACUGAUUUUGUUUUUUUUCCUUAGACAGUAUGCUGUACUGGAUCGUGUAUGUCUUUGUACUGUAUUCAGUAGGUCAGCAUAAUCAUCAUACAUUUCUGUAUCAGUGUUGAUGUCAACGUGACGUCUCUUACAGGGAUGAAUAGUUGGCUUUACCCAAGUUUCAUUACUUGGAGGCUUUGGAUUAUAUUUACAUAACAAACAAUCUUCAUAAUCGCAUAUUGUUUGUGAAGCUUCUUUUCCUUCAGUGAUGUCGUUCUUUGAAUGUACAAAGUCUGCGUUAUCAGCUUUUCUAAUUGCUUGUUCAGCUAAGAAACCUUUAAGAGCUUUUUCCGAAAGAUCACAUAACCCUGGGUCGUUCGUAAGUUUUGCCACACCAUGACAGUAAUACUUCCUCUAGCUUUUUACUCAAAUCGGUACCAGUGCCACUCAGCAUUAAGUGAUUUAUACAACCAAUACUUUACAAAGGUUUCUAGUCUUGAUGUAAAAAACAGUCAGUAAUGUGUGGGUUGCUUAUUGCAUUUUGACAGUUACAUUCAGGUGAUAGCAAAUUUUCACACAAAUGACCAAAUGGGGCAUGAAGUUCAGGCCAAUGCAUGUCUGCUGAGGAAAAUGUUAAGAAAAAUGUUGGUAGCCCAUCAUGUGAUAUUACUGCCUUUAGAUCUUUUUUAGCUUUUGGCCAGUAGGCAUCAGAGCCACUGAUAUUACCAAGAUAGCGUGAUACCUUAGAAGUGAAGGUACCUAUAUUGUUGGUUGAUGCCAUUUGUUUAAUCUCUUCAGUGGUCGGAUGUGCUUCUCCAGGAUUCUGUUUCAGAAAUAUCCCUGUGUGUUGAGGAAUAUGCUUUCUUUGAGUCAUAUUAAAUGCCCAGUAGGCAAAUCUUGGGUGUGUGGCAAAGCGAUAAACCCACUGGGUACCUAUUUUUUCCUCCAAACUUGAUGAGGUGUUUGACUCUUUCUGCAAAUGAUAGAUCUCAUAACAAAGCUGGGUUGGUAGGAUCACCACAAGCAUUAGGAAACAUUGUUGGAAAAGCGAGAGUCGCCAAGAAGAGAGUAAUAUACUCAUUUAUUGGUUCAUGUCCUACUGUUGGCCUUCUUAUGUGAUCAGGUUGUUGACACAGGUGUUGCUGAAUAGCUUGUGCUUCUUUUAAUUGACAAUCUGGAAUGGGUAGGAAACUGUUUUUUCUGUUCCUUCCGUAUAAACAAUGUCAUCCUCAUUUUGAUUUAAAGCACCUAUGUUAGGGUCAGUAGGUUGAGAAUCAUCAAAGUCUUCAGUUUCAACUGACAGAAGUUCAUUUGGUAUCCCAUUGUCAGGCAAGGAACGUAAGGAAUUCUGAUUGACAAUGAUAUCUUUGUAGUGUGGAUUAUUAGUUAUUAGCCAUUGCAAUACCUUAGCAACAUUUUGUCUUCGAACAAAUAAAUCUUUAUAGUUGUUGUCUUUGCCUUUUACCUCAAUAAUUAUUACGGAUAAUUCCUUUGGAUAUCUUGAUUAAGUCUGUGCUAAUUCUGAAACAUUUUGUGGUAGGUUUAUCCAGUGACCUGAAAAUCCCUUUUGCCCACCAGGCUUUAAAUAAACAUGAAUAAGGGGAAGUGCACGUGCUAUUAGCAUUUACUCAAUUUGGGUCAGUCCCUGAAGUUUGGGAGGCAUUGGUGAUGGUACCAUUUUAUUCUACCUUGAAAACUGUUUUGGUUGUACUUUAUCAGUUGCAAACCUAAGACAGUUAUAUUUGUCUCGACUGCGAUAGGAACUUAUAGGCCAUGCGUCGUAACAAUGCUGCACUGAUAAACUGAAUACUAGUUUGAUUUUUGAAAGGCAUUGAGGUUUCCCUUAUUUGCCGGACUGCUCAGUGAUGGAAGUAUCAAAUUCGUUGGAUGUGAUGUCAUCUACAAAUGCUGUUCUGCAUCUUCUUGUCUCGUUUUGCAAGUUUUUCUUGUGUUUGCUCAUUACUUUCCUUUGAAUACCUUACUUUGUAUCCCUGCCUCUUAUCUGUUUUUGUUUACUCUUAUUUGUUUGGUUUAUGAAAACCAUCAACAUUUGCUUCAUUUUCUGACUGCUCACUAGAAGUAUCAAACACUUUGGACUUUCGCAGGCGUUUUCUUGCAUAUGCUUGCCUCCUUUUUUCAAUCCUCUCUUGCUUUUACUGAGUAGUUUCCUUUGAACACUUUACUUUGUCUCAGCCUCGUAUCUGCUAGUCUUUGUUGUUUUCUACUGAUUUCGUUUUGAGAGUUCAGUUUUCCACAGCCAGGUUCUUCUAGAGUGAGCCUUUUGUUGUUUUUAGUUUUUGAAAUUUGUUCAAGCUUUCUCUUUAAUUACCUAACUGAAAAAUUUCAUGGUUAUGACCAAAAUACUCGACGAGUGCACCUAUUGAGUUCAUUCAGAGAACUCAUGCUCGAUGGAAUACAAGUACUAUCACUCGUUUCAUUUUGUAGAAGACUACAAUUGGUCAUGCUUAAUAGCAGACGAGCACACUGACUCGUUUCAUUCAGAUUGCCACCACAAUGGGUAAUGCACGAUGGAAAGUGAGGACGAUGACUUGGUUUAUUUUGUUAAAGACCUUAGUGGGUCACGGACAAUUGCAUACAAGAACAAUGACUCGAUCCAUUUGGUUGGAGACAAUAAAAGGUUGGCUUACUGUUGUAAAUACAACAACAGCAACGAAAUGAAGUGAGCUGACAGAGACAAGUUUCGUCCUAUGAACUCGACGCCAAAGAUGUCGUUUUUACAUGUCUUAGAAAGGCUUUGACAAAUAGUUGCCAUGAAUCCUUUAAACAUUGUACAAGACAACUUACGUAGACAAAAGAAGCAGCCAAAAUCAACAGGGCACAAGAUUGAGCAGUUGACCUCGUAGCAAUGAAUUCGUGCGUGGUGAUUACGCAUGCAUAUAAAUUAAAAAUGGCGACAAAAAUGGCCCAAAUAUGUGGCCAACAAAAAGGAAUAUGAAGAAUCUGGCAUAAAGUGCCUCUACUUCGGUAGCCACGAAAACAAAAUUGGUAACCUUGCCUUGAAGAAUAGAUCGCGUUCUCCUUCGUCGAACGCAAUGAAGCGUCAUCUCACUAACCAUUAAGGUAACUUUAAAGUUAGAUUUGCUGAAAACGGUGCUGAAAUUAGCGCGCGUAAAAUGUAAACAAAUGCCGCCAUGUUGAAGGUGACGAAUACUUAUUUCCCUUGACUGUAUCUUGGUUCCUUGUGUUAGUGUAACAUAUCGUCAUCCCCAGUUUGUUCCAAAGCUAGUAAGCUUGUUGUGGGAACCUCUAUAUACUGAUUGUGUCUCAUUUAAUUUCUCAAUUUUAGGUCUUUGGAAAAUACUGUCCAACGUUACUGAAAAAGGUAAGCCAUUUAAUAGCCUCCUUCAAUUAAAACGGGCGAGGGUCUUGUUCUUGAAUGGUCAGAAGUGUUAGAUACAAUGAUAAAACGGUGGAAGAGUCACCUAACCGAGCUACCCUGGGUGAGCCUUUUACAUGACAAAAAAAAAGGUUGGCCGGCUCGGUUAAAAUGGCAUGGUGCGUACAACCUUGAAAAGUCCUUGAAUUCAUUGAAGGUCCUUGAGAAGUGCUUUAAUUCUUUAAUUAUUAGGUCUUGAAAAGUCGUUGAAAUUCACUACCUUGUCGAAAACUAUUUUUUGCAUGAGCAAUAUCUUACUUCUGGCCCCAGUUGUUCAAAAGCUGGAUAACGAUAUCCACUGGAUAAAUCUUUUGUGCAGUGGAUAACGCAAUUGGUUUCUGUUAUCACUUAUCCGCUGGAUAGUGCUAUCCAACAUUUGAACUGGGGCCUGAUUCUUUAUUUUCUUUAUUUUUGUCAAAAAGUGAAGAUGCACAUGAAACGGCCGGAGCUUAUCCCGGUUUCAUUAGCAUGAAGCAUCUAGGAGUAUUACUACUCCCCCCUGGACAGGAUUCUAGUCCAUCGCAGGGUUAACCCCCAGCAGUAUCUCGCCAGUACCCAUUUAUACAUCUGGGUGAAGCGAGACAAAGUGGAGUAAAAUUCCUUGUCUAAGGAAACAAUGCGAUGGGCGAGGUUUGAACCCCGGGCCUCCAAACCCUGAGUUCGAGGUGUUAUGCAAUCGGUCACACACGCCUCCAUGCUAUUUAUGUACCUCAGAUACAAUUGCAAGUCAUACCCAAUCAUUUUUCAAAGUGUUGCACGGGAAAGUAGUAUAUGAUAAUGUGAUCAACUAUGGCUGAAGAAGUAAAAAUCGUAAAUGACUUUAUGACGUGUUUUAGCCAAUAAGGUGUUCACGAGGGGCUGAAGAAUGCCGAUUUCUUGAAUAAAUCUUAGUGCUUGAAAACUCAAUUUGUCCUUGAAAAAUCCUUGAAAAGUCCUAGAAAUUUGUUUUUCUUCAGUUGUAGAAACCUUGAAUGGUGACACGGCCAGUCAUGUCACCCUUUUGUGAUCGUAGGGACACCUUCCCAGCCGGGCCAACUUUUUUUCAUAUAAAUUAACACUUUGGCUCGCCCACCCAGGUCAACUUGGUCAAGUAUGCACCAGUGCUGUUGGCUUCGCGAAGGGGGUCAACUUUUUUAUCAGAUAAACUCGUGCUUAAGAAGCUGACUUGGCUGGGAUGGUGACUCUUCUCCUCAGGUCAAGUUUUGUCCAUAUAAGUGGGGUCUUAGUUGUAUCAUAUGUGUGGUCUAUUGUUUCCUUGACUGCCACAUUGAUGAAUUCUCUUUUGGUGCUGUUGUUGUUUGUUGUUGUUGUUGUUGUUAUUAUUAUUAUGCACUGAACGUGUGCGCCUUGGUGAAGUUCUCCUCAAGGAAACUAGAAUUCCUUGGUGAGGUUAACCUGCGAUCCGUUUCUUUUUCCUUUGCGUGUCCACCGAAUUUUGCCCCCCAUCCCCUCCAAAAUGUGCGUGCCUUAUCACAGGUACUACAAAAUGGAUCAGUGGCUUAAAAAUUAAGGUUUAAGUUUUCCUGCAACAAGGGCUAUUUGAACUAGCAAACCAUGCAGGUUCUAUCCCAAGUAGAUUGGCCCGUGCUGACUGAAUUCUGAACCAGAACACUUUCUUACUGCACUCAAAUGAUCUCUGACAGCAGGAUUGGAUGUUAUUGUAAUUAUAAAAGUUUCACUUUGUAUAUCUUUCUGUGUUAUUCUUAUUACUCGGAAGCUCUUGACAUCACUUUGUGACCUGAGAGGAACUCAUCAGUUUCCUCACAUCAACAAAUUGGACCAAGCCGUUGGUAUGGCUAUUCAGAAAAUGGGGCCAAGGUACGAACUUCAUGUUAUCAAUAGUGUCGCUCUCAUUCUCACUGGAAACUCUCUUAAAUUACCAUUAACUUAAACUCUGCCGCAACCGGAACUAUCCUUUAUUUUCCUUAACUCCUUUUUUAAUGAAUUUUAACGAGCUACGUGAAACCCUCUGGUGCAUGUAUAUGAGCUGCUACACCAAGCCCAAGAAAAUGGACCCAUGCAUAAAUCCUCCUCUGUCGUUCUCUUAUAUUGAAAAGAAAUAAAGUUGUUAAUAUCUGUCGGCUUGUUUUCAUGAAACAAUUAUAUCACUCACUCACUUGAUUAUUUCACAUUUGUCGCCUGUUAGACUAAAGCAAACUUGGCCUUAAGCAACUGAUCUUAUUUGAAGUGUGUUCAUUUUUAUUAAUAGAUCGACAUUUCAAUUAGGUACCGUAGGUUUUAUUUUCAAAAUUUAGUCUACAUGCUAUUAUACAUUCGUUCUCAAUACAGUUCGUUCAGUUUUUCCUUUUUUUUCUUUUCUUGUUUUUUUUUUAACGGCAUAGCUUCUGCAUUUGAAUACUGACUUAAAAUGUUGGACUGGAACCAUGUACAUUAGCUUUCUAGAGAACACUGCAUUUUUGUCAGCCUAGAGCCGCAGAAAUAAGUGCAGUAUAUCAACUGAUGGAAUGCACUCCACGCCAUGUGUUUCUAUUGUAUGCCAUAAGACAAAUAAAACGUUAUUGUUUGGUUAGCAAUCAAGGUCUUAACGCUUUUUUCUUUUAUUUCCAGGCUUGUGUUGGAAGCUGUGCCGCUGCAACUUGACAAGGAACUGUAAGUAACAUCCUAAUUUAAACAGAACAGACUAAAAAUAGCUGUUGAUUUGAGAAUAUCUUAAUGCUGUUGCUUUUCAUCAGUAGGAUGCGGGAAAUGUGUGCAAAUUCGACAAUUGAUUUCAGCUAAAAUUGUCCUUAACGUCCUUAGCUAAUUAAAGCUUUGCUGUAACUGAUCCUACAGUAACUGAAUCCAAUGUUCAUUCUUCAUUAAAAAUAUUCCCGUGUCUGUAACAUUCUUACUUCUGUGCAGAAGGAGAUGAACUGAACAAUUAAUGUUAAACUUCCAGUAAAUAUGAUACAAGAGGCGGGUGCUAAAACUGAAAAAGAAAUACCUGUAGAUUAAGGGUAACAGACGCGGAGCAGGUGUCCGGUCAUUUUGCCAUUCUAUGUCUGGUACUUUGAUACCAGUAUUUGAGUUUUUUGUUUAAUUUUUUUUGAAAAUCAUAAUUUUUUUUACUUGAGCAACUCACGAUUUUACUGCUAGUCCCCCUCCCUGUCCCCCUGUUCCCUGUCCAACUACCCAAUUUCAUUAAAAAAUUUACCUUUUAUAGAAAAUUUGAGUGAACUCCAGCCUUGCGUGGUAAAUUGAGUUUUGGGUGUUUCUGUGUGUUCUAUUUUAAAAAUUUCCUAGGGGAGUAUGCCCCCCAGGCCCCCACUAGGUAGCUCGCGCCUUCGGCGCUCGGAAGGCGCCUUGCAGCGCCAAAACAUUUCGCGUCCGGUGCUUUCAGAUAUAUGUCCGCUAACUUAAAAAACUGUGGAAAACUCUGCUGAAGAAAUACAGUCAAACCCUGCUUUACAGACAUCCACUUAAUACGGACAUCUCAUUAUUACAGAAAGUUUGCUUUACCUCUUCUCUCAAUUCAACCCUCUUAAUGCGAGCACCACAUUGAUACGGACACCUUCUAUGGCCUUCUCAGUGUCCGUAUUAAUGGGUAUUCAAUUAACAUUAUUGGUGACAAAGUGUUACUGUUUAUUUGCAGAAGUGGAGCGUGUAACUUCCCCCGGAGCUGGCUUCUGCCAGUGUUGAAGGAUAACGUUAAAGACACUGAACUCAAGUACUUCUUUGAUGUAAUGCUGCCUCUGUCUGCUAACCUUAGAACCAAAGGUAGAUUUGCGAUUUUGAAACUGGUAUAUUUCGCCUGUCUUGGAUUUUUUUAUGACCACUUGUAGUUCCACGUCUAAACGUUUCCACGUGCCAAGAUAUCUGGGUGCGUUCCUUUGCGAUGAUCAGGAUCAGGAUCAGUGUUCCAAGAUCACUUGGAUCAUGUUGUAUCAAAAUAAUGAAUCGACGGAUCCUUGUCCAGAGUGGAUUCAUCAGCUCAUUUGGUGCGACGUUACCCAAGUGAUCUCGGAUCACUGAUCCUGACCCAGAUCAUCCCAAAGAAACGCACCCUUUGCAGAGUUUAUUCUAGAAAUUGGCCAAUGAGGGUCAAAUGGGCCCCCUUUUGUAAUUUUAGGGGGCCCUUUUUCAAAAAAGGGGGUCCAAGAAAGGAUAAAAAGGUAUUCUACAUGGGUCGGACUCGCCGGACGCUUUGUCGCCAUUUUGGAACAUUCUUGGCAACUGAAAAUGCCUGGGCUCGAAUUAUUGCAGAAUCCUGGAUGUUUGUCUGGUGAAAUAAUGACUCAAACGAAGAAGAGAAAGGCAACUGAGACAGUAAGGGGCUAUAAAAUUUCAAAGUAAGUUUAUAGAGCGGCCAUCAAAUGAUUGUUGUUGUCAGUGAUGUUCUCGAAUACUAUAUUUCCAAGAAAAUGGUACUUAUCCUUGGGUCUAUUUUUUUGUGCGCCAUUUGACGCAGCAACGUAAAUUUUAUGCGGCAUUGUUUUCCAAAUUGGGGAAAUUCCGCAAGGCCACGCUCUAGAAUAAACCCUGCUUUGAUAACUUUCUUGAUUUUAGCAUCUUAAUCAUUUUUCACCCGUUCUUAUGGUGGUUAUAUUGUGGCUCAAUCUUAUCUUUGGUACAAAUUUUAUUUUCCUUUGUUUUUGGGUACGUUAGUGUAUGAUAAUGAGUUUGACACAAAGGAAAAUGAAAUUUAAACCAAGGAUAAGAUUGAACUACAACUGUUACAUGGAAGUCUGCUGUGUACCAUGUUCCAUGUAAGUAUCCAACUGACUCUUUUCUGAAAUUGCAUUGUACACAUUUUCAUCUGAAUUUUAGCGAUAUCACUAAGAGAAGCAGGGAAACUUCUGGAAAGUAAAGUGUAUGACACUCUACAACUUCAGGUUGGUUAUGAGGCUUGUUGUUGAUUCUUUCCUCCAUUCUGGUUAAUAUCAUUAGGCUUUUUUAUUGUUUAGGUUUGCUGUCAAAUUUUAGAUCAUUGCUUGAUUUUGGUUUGAUGUGACUGAUCAUUUCUUUUAAGAUAUGGGACCUUUUGCCAGGAUUCUGUACCCGUCCAACUGACUUGUGCCAGGUAACAAUUUGCCUUUUAUGAAUUAGGCUCAAAAUCUUCAACUAUGAUGAACGUUAUUUUGACUGUGUGGUAGGUUGUUCCUUUGCAUUAAGGUUCACAUCGCCUAUUCCUGAAAAGUACAACACAGCUUUUCGUUCGCCGUGCAUUUAUUUGUAAGGGCAAUAUUUUACAGUCUUUUUCGUUAUAUUUACAUUGUGAAUUAAAUUAGAGUUACUUUUAUGUGCGAAUAUACUUUAUUUUCAAUGAGAUGAGAAUGAGCAAAUUUCUCUUUAUUUUCAAUGUAAAUAGUGGGAUGAAACAGGGGAGGGGGGAAGAGACGAGUUCUGGGACCGAGAAACGAUGUUCUCACAACUUGCAAAGCGGUCACCCAGCGUGGUGGUCAGCGGAUAGUUACGGUAUUUUUCCCACAGUAAAAAUAAUACUUUUAGACUUUUUAGAAGCAGGAAGCGAACCGACAGAGGAAAUCAGAAAUGCUUAAAAAAUUGAAAAAAAAUCAUAUCAUGCAUCUUUGUUUUUCUUGCAUACCGUAUUUGUCUUUCGGUACUGAAAUGCGGGGAAACUAAAACGCAACCGUGGUAGAUCUUAACCAACAACAACGCGCUCGAUGGAUUUAUUUAAAGGUUACAUCGUUUUUGCCGGGCAAGGGUAACUUGAUGCUGAUAAAAAUUACUGGAGUAAGUGUCAGAUUUAUCGGAAGCAAGUAUAUUCAAGAGAGCGUUAUAAAAAUGAGCUUACUGCUCUACAUAUCAUAACUGAAUAAAAAUUAACACUUCAUAACAUUUCACUUCGUUUAUUUCGAUCAGUCAACACCUUGAAUCCAAAGUUAAAAUUAAAAACGAUCCUAAAACAAAUCACAACUACUACUGAAAGCUCUGUACCUUGAAGCGACUUUAACUUUCCUAAGGUUUGCAGCAAAGCACUGCUCGAUAGCUCUGACAACUCUUCGGCGGUUCUUAGCAGCUAUACGGAUCCGGAGCUAUAUGUUGCAUAUUCCAAACUCUGCAAAGGGAAAUUGUUUAACAGAAAAAGAAAACCACACACUAUGUCUGAAAAGCGACAUAAAAUCAAUAAAUUUGCGAAUUACCAAAAUAUAAUAGUGAGAAACAGUCCCGCCUUCGACUGCCAUGUUUUUGUUUUUUCUCAAGACCGUUGAUCUAUGGUUUUUGACGUAGUGCGCAUGAUCAGUACACAAAUCCGCUGGCAAGACCCUUGCUGAUCGCUUUGCAAGUUGUGAGAACAUCGUUUCGAUUUCAUUUAAGACAAUGUAUGGGAAGUAGCUUCCCCCCCCCCUGGGAUGAAAGUUGGUCUUCAUAUCUUGAUUACAAACAUGCCGAGUGUACCAUGUAACUCAUAGUCACAUCCUGUUUCAGUCUUUUAAGUCUGUGGCGAGGAUAUUGGGUGUGGCACUUACAGAGAGACCAGAUCUGCGUUUAACCGUGUGCCAAGCUCUAAGGUUGCUGGUCUUAAAGUCAUCUGAUAAUGGUAAGUAAUGUAAAAAUGUGUCAAAAUAUACUUCAGUAUAAACUUUAAAAUUAGAUUUAAUCCAUUGGACCAUUUGAUAGUCAGUGGAGAUCAAGAAUUCUGCUACUACAAGUGAUGUCAGCCAGACCAGUUUGAAUUUCUAAAUAGUACAGCGGAGACUUUGGAAAAUAGCCUAAUUUUAUUUUCCAAAUGAUCAGUGUGCUAGGAAAGUUCUCACUUGUGGCCAGCAGUGAGUAGCUUAAGCGCUUUUAAUUUGACUGCCUAAGUGAACUAGCAGUUGCUUCGGACUUAGGUUGCUACAUUACCUUUUCCAUCUUGAUUUACAACUAGUGGAUGACUUUUCCAGGUUAUCAGAACUGAAACUAAGGCUCUGAUUACUAGCGAUCCCAUCCCUAACCCAGUUUCAUUCUGGAGCGAAUUUCAUGUUGGUGUUUGGUUAUUAGCUUCUCUGUUCGCUUUCCAAAAGAACUCAUGGCGGACGGGGUUUCCCAAAAUGAAUAUGCGCGAAAAUAUUGCUACGCAAAUUUAGGGAGGUUUAGAAAGCUGUCAACUGCUUCUGAGAAGGAGGGAAGUAAGUGUUUUGCUUUACAACAGAGAUCAAAUAGGCCCUUUUUUGAGUCGCCAUAAGCCUCUGUUUCAAAGUGAGGCUAAGUGCAAAGCUGUUAAUAAGAAAUUGAUUUUUUAUUCUCAUGCAAAGGAAACUCAUUUUCUCAAGAAAGGUUUUACACUUGUUUUGAAAGUGUGAGCUUUUGGAACUUGGAAAUGGCCCAUUGUCCUGGGACCAAACCGGUCCUCUCCCUCUCCGCUUUAUUUCCUCUUAAUUUGCUUUUGAAUCGGUGUCAGUUAAGAACCUGUUUGCACUCUUUUGCAACAAUGGACGUGCCAUUAUGAAUGUAUAUAGCUUACCAUUGAUAGAUUAUGCUUCGUUUCUGGUAAUUGCUUAAUUGCUUAAUUGCUGUCAACAUUAGCUGAGAACAGUAAGGAGUUGUCUUCAUACGCGAAGAACUACUUGCCAAUCCUGUUCAACUUGUACACCGCUGAAGAAAAGGAAGGUGACCCGGACAAGUUACCAAUCCUGGAAACUGUCAGAGUGUAUCUGUCCAUCACGGACUCAAAGGUUAGUUUAAUAGGGACUGUCCCUGGGCAAAUCAACAAUUGAAAAGCUAGUAGUCCUGUUCUUAUUUGUCUAUAACACAUUCAAAGAUUAGUAUUCCUGUGUUAGUCCGUAUUAAUGCUGCAUGCACACAAAACUCAAGAACAGUCGAAGCACUCGCAAGUGACCACCUCUGAAAUUUGAAAAAUUGGUCGUAACUAAAUCUGGUCACUUACGAGAAAGAGCUUCAGAAACUAAUUCACAAAGAAAAAUCAGAAGAAAUUAAUCUUUAAUGAGAGUCUUCAGUGAUCUGAUGUGGACACGUCUAAACUUUACCUCCAAUUUUUUAGACCAAAAUAACCCCAAAUCUUAAUAUUAGUGCAAGAAUGAGUUGAGUGGUCGCUCACGAGACAGAAACAAAGGAAAAGUCCAGUUGUGUAACCCCAAAAGUGAUCGCGGUCGGUUAUGGGAGUGGUCACUUAUGAGAGAGGUUGCAAGGAGAGCUUUGGCUGUAGAGCAAAUAGUUGGUUACAGGACAGAAGUUUUAUACUCUGUGGUCAUUAUUGCUAAAUGAUUCCGAUAUUAAUGAGUAUUUCAUAUCUACAGAUUGCUGUUAUUAGGUUUAUUACUCUGCAUUGAAAAAAGUUUAAGUAGUGUAGUAGUGUUUUUUCCAUAAUUAUGGUUUAAAGUUGUGUGCCACAGAAGGCUAUUGUUGGAGCAACGUUUUCUUUUUCCAAAAAAAAAAAAAAGAAAAAUGUUGAUCAUGGUCCAGCAUCGAUGAACUGUUACCAAGUUUAUUUCUCUAUUUGUCUGUUUCUCUCUGUCUUUAUUUAUGUUUAAACUCGUACUCGAUCGAGAAUUGACCUCUAGUAUAAACAGUUUGCUGACAGGCUAGUUAUAGUACCGGAAGGCGUUUGCAAAUACGUUUACCUAUGGUGUUUGAAUUUUUACCGUUUUAUGUAGUUGGUAGCGACUUUCUUUGCCAAGGGAUUGGAGAAGCUGUCUAGUGGCGAAAGAGAUGCGAAGUCAAGGUAUGUUUGCAUAUGACAAACGAUUCAUCCGUUAAAAUCGUCCAUUGUGGUCAAGUUUAGUCUCAUGUGUAGAUGGGAAUAGCAUACUCUCUUGUAAUAUUUCUGUAUCACCUGUUUUGAUCCAUUUAUUUAAUUUUCUUUGCUAAGUCAAGAAAUGUAAAGUUACUAGAGUGACAAGAUGGCUUAGUGUUAAGUUGUCGCCAACCUACAACCCCAGACAAAAUAGUUGGGACACUUGGUUCAUCCCCCCUCCCCCAAAGAGAAUGAUAAGGUUACGCUGGCGGUUAUCGAACCCUUUCAUCCUAGUUUGCAUGUCUGCAUCAUUAGAUGGUGAUGCUUAUCCAUUAGCUUUGUUGCAAAUUUGAAAAAGGGGACAGUAAUUAUAACAGAACCUACACUGCUACACAGAUCUUGAUGGUUUUCUACCAGUGAUCGUAGUGAUUCGUCCACUGGGCGCAAAUUUCUGAGUAGACUGGCUGCUGAGUCAUUCAUUCGUCACAAAGUUGUAAUGUUAAUUGUAGGAACUUGAUGAUGGACUUGGUUAUAGCAAUGACUCCGUACGUCAACGAGAAAAAUAUAGGGAUCCUGUAUGACAUGACUGUGCCGUGGUUGCAGGUUGGUAUUUUCGUUUCAGUGCAAUUUAUAUUGCUGUGCUAUUCUACGAAAAUGUGAAUACAAAUAAGUGGUUUUAAGAAUUCAGAAAUAAAUGGGAGAUAUUACUUUAUUAUGACUGGUUUCUCUUUACCGUGGUUGCAGGUUGGUAUUUUCGUUUCAGUGCAAUUUAUAUUGCUGUGCUAUUCUACGAAAAUGUGAAUACAAAUAAGUGGUUUUAAGAAUUCAGAAAUAAAUGGGAGAUAUUACUUUAUUAUGACUGGUUUCUCUUUAUAGCAUAUUAUGGCUUUAUACAGAAGCCAACACUCACUUUUGUAUUGAUUAAUACCUUUAGUCACUCCCACCUGUAAACAAGAUAGUUUUCAUGACAGGCAUAACUUGAGUACAGCAUCUCAGCUUUUGGUCUAGAAUAUAUCAGUGGCGAAUAGUUUGGGAAAAACAAACAUACCACACAAAUGUUUAUGUUUCUCUUCAAGGCAACAGAUAUCACUCAGCAGAAAAAAGCUUACCGAAUCUUGGAACAGAUUUGUGGCGCUGAUUCUGAGAGUAGCCUGAAAUUUGUUGUGUCCCAUCUGAAGGAGCUUCAAGACAUCUUACUCAAGACUCUUGCAUCAUCCAGCUCCGCUUCCAAGACUGUAAGUUCUACAAGCUCAGCAAAAUAUAGCUGGUGGACUUACUAUACAAUAUAGGACUGUUUAGUAAAACUACAGAAAACUCGAACAGGAUACAUUCACAGCAUAGGGAGGCCUUAGAUCCAUCUUUGUUUUGCUUCACUCUUUAUUAUCCGGUGCCGUACUUAACAACAAACAGGAUGUAAAACAGGAACAAAGUGUGAAGUCGACUCUUUUGUCUUGUCUUACGGGGAGUAUUGGGUGGGUCUAACUCAGAGCAAACUGUUUUUUUUUUUUUUUUAAAACAGGAUUGUUCAAUGCCGAUUAUCACCUGAUGGUCCUUCUUAUCCUAACUAAAAAUCUAUUCAUCAUUUUAUUCAGUUUUAACACUCGUUUCACAGGUAGCCGAAGCUCGAAAUAUGAGCGUGGGUGAACAUCAGCAUUGUUAUGUAACAUUCGAAAUACAAGGAUUUGUAUGGGAGAAAACCUAUCGUUUCUGUAACCUACGAAAAUGAAAGGAUUUCAAUGAAAAAACAGCUUACCUUAACUUAAAAUGUUACGUCUCUCCUGUGUGGUCCAUGGGCCGAUUUAUGGGUUUUUCUGUAAACAGUCUUUUCUCUAUAUCAAGGUUUACCAAGGUUGGGCACUCCAGCAAAGCGGCCCGACUGAUCCACCAAAGGAAAACGGCUGUAAAUUCGCUCCAACUGCUCCAAUUGCCUCCAAAUUCCGCCUAGGUAACACACGAUAGUUCUCCUUUCCAUUCGUUAUCUUGCUUCGAGAUGCCUGUACACCGAGAGCGAAUCAAAGGUCGCAAAUCUCUGCAACCUUUCCCAUCUGAAGCCAUCGACAGAACCUUGGCUUGAACUCCGCAUUAGUGUUGAAAGAUAGCGACAUGGCCUGAGACUCAAAUUACUCACACUCAUGGUGGGAAACAGUCUCUUCCUCCCGUUGACAUCAAUACGCGAGAAAGAAAACAACGGGAGAAAGAGACUGUCUCCCACCCCGAGUGUGAGUAAUUUGAGUCUCAGGCCAUGUCGCUAUCUUUCAACAGUAACGUGGAGUUCAAGUCAAGGUUUUGUUGAUGGCUUCAGACGGGGAAGGUUGCUGAGAUAAGUGACCUUUGAUUUGCUCUGGGUGCAAAGGCGUCUUGAAGCAAGAUAACGAAUGGAAAAGAGAACUAUCAUGUGUUACCUAGGCGGAAUUUGGAGGCGAUUGGAACAGUUGGAACGAAUUUACAGCCGUUUUCCUUUGGUGGAUCAGUCGGGCCGCUUCGCUGGAGUGCUUGGUAAACCUUUAUAUAUAGAGAAAACCGUCUACGUAAAAACCCAUAAAACGGCCAUAAAUCGGCUCGUAGACCACAGAAAUAGAUUAUUUAUCUGUUCUGUUUGCCCUCAAUGUUUUAGCUGGCACAAUCAAAGAAGGCACAGUGACAGAUGAUGAAUUACUUGAUUUGGCCAGAGAUGUUUUUACCUUUUGGAAAAACCUGGCAGAAACGAUAGGUUUUUGUUUAUAUUGCGAAUGUUACGCAACAAUGCCGAUGUUCACCGAUGCUCAUAUUUCGAGCUUGGGCUACCUGUGCUCGUUUCUGUCAUUUUUGCCAAAGUGCUUUUAUAUAAAUUGUGUUCAUUGUCAACAUUUUGUCAACAUUGUUAUCGUAUGAUGUGCCCUAAUUGUUGAGUUGAUAAUAGGACAUAAUGUAAACUGCAAUAAUAUUGACAUUUCUUUUUUAUGUGUUAUAUUUCAGCCCCGCCUUCGUUGUCUAGCUCACAUCGUUCGUAGAUUAGACAAACCUGAACAAUUCAUUCAAGCAAUAAUCCCAGAGGUAAGUGUGUUCACAAAGCAGGCAAUUUUGACCUAUCUAUUGUGUUUGUUACUUUCAUCAUUAAAAGGGUAAAUGAAGUCCUUCUGAUGAAUUAACUGCUUUAAAACUGAUUUCAGCUAUUUUUGAAAAGGGUUUUGGUGGGGGAAAAGGGCAUGAUAAAGUCGCCUCCCAAGACAGGAGGGGGGAUGUUGACUCUAUUUGUUCAGGUUGUAAGGUUAGAGUAAACCAAAAAGCCAAGACUCAGCUGGCACGUUGUGACAGUUGCUAAGAGAGCGAUCUGCAUUCUGAACAUAAAAAUUACUUUUCAUUCAUUGUGAAAUGCACAUGUCAGAGUGAACCAAUAUUGGAGUUUCUCAUCCCAUUAAAUAAUGCCACAGAUGCUACUUUUGACAAGCCACUAAUCCUUGUACAUAGUGAACUGUUGGGAAUUUUGUUCUUUCAUUUGGGUUACGUAGAGCACCACGUUUCCUCCAUAUUCUUUGGCAACAUCUUAUUCUGGGCAGAUUGCAUCUUCUUCCUUUCAACUUCAUUUGACAUAAAGCAUUAUUUUGUCUUAAGGGUCUAUAUAAUGCAAUGUGAUCUCUAAAUUUGUCCUCUCAAUUAGGUCAUCCUUUGCACUAAAGAGGUUGCAGUCAAGGCUCGUUCCUCUGCAUUCACCCUGUUAAUCGAGUGCUGUAACGCCCGUUUCCGUUCCUCUGACAAGUCAAGACAAGGUAACGUUCACUUAUUAAAUCGGCUUCACAAUGGUUACAAUACCGAGAUAGGAUAUACAUUUGAACAAAUUACAAGAACGAGUUGCAGUGGUGCGGGACACACCCCAGGGCAAGGCUCCAAUUUAGGUGUGACCUUAAGAAAGCUACACAAAUACUAACUAUGCUAAAUAGCAUGACAUCUCGACAUUUAUAACACUACAAAAAGUAUAAAAAUCCUAUUUCCAAGUACUGUGAGUAACACUUCACUUCCACAGCUGCUAACAAGUGUCAGUAGCAGUAGCUGCCAGCUAACGGAACAUUAUGUGACCUGCUGCAUUUGCAGCAGAUCGACUUCCAGGUGUUAAAGUUAGGGAAUUUAACAUCCUUAUGAAUGGCGAACUUCUGUCAAAGAUAUGUAAUCUUUAUGUGUGGUUUGUUGUGCUUUUAAUUUUCUCGUAUUAUUGAAUUAGCUCCAUGGAAGUUGGAAAACAAAUAAAAAUGAAUAUGCAAAAUUUUGAGAAUCACUUCUUUUGCACUGUGUUCCAAUCUUCCCAAAACGUGAAUUUUCCUUUUGUUUUCCUAAAGCUUGUUUUUGUUGUUUGUUUGAAAUCGGCUUUCAUAUGUAGUAAGACCAGAUGGAUAAUCCACAAUUACAAAAGCAGAUCCACGCAAACAGAGCAUGGCAUGUCUGCAUUUUGGAGCGUUUUUGUCGGUGACUAGUGUUAAGCUAACUAACGUUUUGACAAGCAAAGUGACCCGCUUGUCUUUAGACUCAGAUUUUUUUUACAACCCUUACUUACAGCCUCGCUUGUACUACUUGGCUUUUGUUCAUUUGGAAGAAGACAUGGCUAAGUCGAGUUUUUUCCUUUUAGCCUGACAUGUGGCGUAUUAUUAAUUAUGAUUUGCUUUGUCCUUUUGCUAGAAUGCCUGACGUCAUUCCUGGAGCUGGUUGUUGCUGGUAUCGCUGGCUCGCCUCAUAUGAUUAGUGCAACGGUUAUUUCUGUUGCUAGAGUGGUGUAUGAAUUUAGAAGUAAGUGUUGUGAUACCGUGGAACCUCUCCUUAGGGACGCCUCUAUUAAAUGGACACCUCCAUUCAAAGGACACAACAUUUGGUCCUGGAAAAAAAGUUCCCAUAAAUUUUGUAUCUGUCACCUCUAUUGAAGGGAUACACCUUUUCUGGGUCCCAGAGGAUACCUCAGCACUUAAAACGUGACUGGCCACAAAGAGGGUUGAUAAGUUUAAGUGUACACUAAUCACAUUAAUGACAGCAAUCACAAACUGAACUAUCUCAUUUAAAUCAAUGCACUGUACUUGUGAAAAUUCAACCCCAAUAUCGUAGAGAUAACGUUAUCAUUUUUUAUACAUUAUCUAGCUACUUUAAGAUGACUGCAGCAGAUUCUAGGGCUGAAUGAAAAAUGUAUAUAUUGCCUUUGUUUCCUAACUAUUAACAAAUCCCAGCCCAACCUCCAUUCAGGGAACACCUCCAAUAUAUAUAUUUAGCCUGGGCUAAAAGCAAAGCUCUCGUUACCACACUUAUAUCUUACUCACACAAAAAUAAAAUCGUGUAAUGCUAAACGGUGGCGAUGGCAUUGAGAACGGCAAGAAAACAACAACAAUAGGUCUCAUUAGCAAAACAAACCAACAACAUAUUUGCACGUGCAGCUCACUUGGUUUUCUUUGCUGUUGUUGUUGCACGACUACAACGAGGAACUUUCUAGUUACACGUUUUGUGGAGGAUAUGUCGUAUUUUCUCACCAAGAAAAAAAUAAUGCUGCUAGUGUUUCUGUUCGCUUUCUUUCUCACUGCCGCUCAUUUAAACCUUACUGGCCGCUAAUGUUUCUCAUUUUCUCUGUCACCACCACUAUUAAAUUUUUCAUGUUGUGUUUCUAACGAAAUUCAUCUCCUUCGUUUUUAUCGCUCGCUCUAGCUCUUUCUCUGUUAUACACGUCAGCCUAGACAUUAAAAUUUAGUCGAAAAAAAGACUCGGCUUGUCGUUGUUUUUUCUCUCUAAAAGUCCGGGCAGCCAAGAUGACUAACAUGGAUGUCUAUCACCAAGUUAAACACAGGUUGCAGGGUCCACUCAGAGUAAAAAAGGUCAUUUCACAUUGGUUUAUUAUGGGUUAAUCUGUGGUGCGGACAGAUGGGCGUACGGUCACCAAAAUUUCUUGGAUGCAUGGAUAACCCAAAUUUUCUCACCCAUUGUUCUCUGUACAUCACGCCCUUUGCUAAGGUUUUUGAAGCUUUUUUUGCUGUUUUGUUGUUGUUUUCUUUUUGCUUCUCCUUCUUGUUUUUUUUCAAAAAUGACACUGCCACCUCGACUUUUACCUUUCACGUUCUCUUUACAAAAAGUCUUUACACCCGGAGAGCCUAAACUGCAUGUCUAUUAGUAGAUUUAAUGGUGAAGGCUGCCGACUUCUCACUCGGUUCGUUUCUUUUCGGUGCAGGUGAGAUUCCCAGUGUGUUGUUGGAACAGCUUAUUCAGGGUAUCCUUGUUUGCCUGCGGUCUGUUGCUAGAGAGGUGAUCAAAUCAUGUCUUGGGUUUUUUAAGGUAACGUAAUAUCUGUGUUUGUUCUAUUGUCAUUUUUGGGACAUGCCCUGAGAGUGAAACAAAGUAGGUUACUAUGAUUACCAUGGUGUAUCCCCAUUCACUUUCGAAGCCAUUUAUGGUGCAACCAUUCAAAGGUAACCUUUUUGGCAAAAUCGUUAGAUGAAAGUGUUUAUUUUUCUGUAUGUCUACAUCUCUUAAUUUGGAACGUUUUUUUUCCAAUCUUAUAUUUUGAUAUUCUGAGAUAGAAACAGAGUAAAAGAGUUACAAGAGAUCCGAUACAAGGGAAGAAAAAUUCAGCUACUGUAGCGCUACCUAAGUUGCUUUUCAUUUGAUGAAGUGACGUAAAAUCCAACUUUUUUCUGGCUAUCACUACUAGUAGGUAGCUGCGCCUUCUUCUUCGCAAAUGUUUGCAAUCGUGCCUUUCCCUUUUUUUUGCAGGUUAUCAUUUCUGUUAUGAGUCAGCAGGACUUACUUCCGUAUGUUCCAGAUAUUGUAAGUAGAAAGUAGUCAAAGGAGUUGGAUAUAAUGUCCGUAGAAACUUUUUGCUCUCGUUUUACUCAAUGUUGAGCAGUUCAGUUCAUUUUAUGGUCAUGCACUUACUCCCACUGCAUGCUACGGUGAAUAGAAUUUAUUUCGUUUGGCCUAUUUGAAACGACGUAAGUCAACUACAGUCGUAUUGGAACAUGGGAUCUGUCAUUUCCAUUUUGGGUACGAAAUUGUAGGGGGGGAAGGGGAAGGGGAAAACAAAGGCGUGUUUAAUUGCAUUGCCUCGUGAAAAGUUUCUUGCAUAGAGACGCUGUGUCAACCAUCUGUAUUUUGUAAAUAUGACCUAAGGUGGUCACUUCGGGUAUCAAAGGAUGCCGCCGCCGCUAUUGUUUUAAGGCUAUUGUUCUAAGUUGUCAAUCAAAUUAAAAAUUCAAGAUGGCGCUCGGAGAGGACUUGGAACUUAGUUACUUAUGCACUUGUAAAGGUGAAGUUAUAUAUGUGGAUGACAGUCACGACUUACAAUUGUGGGACAGAAUUUCUGUCCCCUGCACAGUACGCAUGCGCAGUACUGAAUCUUACGUAAAAACGUUCUAAAACGUUGUUGUUGAAUGUGCAAGAAGAGAACGGGGGUAUAGCUCAAUCGGUAGAGCGCUCGCUUUGCAAGCGAGAGGUUCAGAGAUCGAAACUCUGUGCUUCCAAAAAGAAAAAUUUUUUUAUCGACUCUACCAGGACUUGAACCUGGAAUCUCCUGAUCCGUAGUCAGGCGCCUUAUCCAUUCAGCCAUAGAGUCUCUAUUAAAGAAAAAACAGGGCAUAGCGAGGUUUUGAUCCCCGUACCUUCGGGUUAUGAGCCCGACGCGAUUACCAUUUCGCUACCAUCCCCGCUACAAGCGAUUCAAAGAAAAAUAAAGAUCUAAUGCUAAAAGUAAUUUAUUACAGUGUUUUCAGAUAGCGUUGACACGUAGCGCAUAAGACAUUUAGGUCGCCGACCAUAUUAUCGAAGAUCAAAGUUUUCUCAGGGUUUUUGACUUCUUUCUUCUCAGCGUCUCUCUUCUUCUUGUCUCUUUGUUGUCUCCUCAUUUCUUUUCUUUUGAGGGUUCGAAUAUACUCUUUGAGUGUGAGAAUGUGAGUUUCUUUGAGUUUUAUAACAGCCUUGAGAUGUUUUAUUUCUGCUUGACAGCCAUACCAAGCUUCCCCGAGUUCCUUAGUCGUUGACAUCUUUAAAGCGUGAGCAUUCUAAACGUUCCUAGAAUGUGUGUAUAGUUUUAUAAGAAAACGCGUUCCAAUGAAUGGUUUCGUAUGCUAAUUCAUGUUCGCUUUAAAUUUGUAUGAAAACUCGCUGAGUCAGCUAAAAUAAUGUUGCUCCUAGGUCUUAGAAAAAAAGAAGACCUGAAAGAGAGAAAGAUUGAUCCCGUAAGCUUUAACGUAAUGAAAAGUUACCUGGCGUCGGUACUAACGCUUAACGCUUUGCGCUAAGCCCGUUCCCGACAAAAGUUUACUACAAAAUAAACUAGUCUUUCUCAUUAUUGGUCAUUGACUUUUAAUCAUGUGGUGGAUCCUAAAAGAACCGUUUUGUCAUAAGACAUUUAGUAGGAUCUGUUUUUCCUACUUAGAAAUUGAGAAUAGUACGCAAAUUUAAAUGGUAGGCUGAAAUUAUUUGCCAUUUCUGGCCUGGUACUUUCUCAGAAUAAUACACAGCGAUGUGUUUGGCAGGAAAGCCUUCCGCAUCUGUACCAAUUUGCCGGUUUAGUUUAAACACGAACAAAUAAAAGCGUCCAUGAUAUUCGUUCCAGCCCUCGUGUAUUACGGAGACGUCUUCGUGAUGUUCCCAGGUGAGUUCGGAGACAGCCUUUAACAAAUCGACUAAAUCGAUUUGUGACUCAAACUUAGAGGCUCUCAAAUGUUCGUUCUUUGAAACAUGCCUCUCGUUAAUAUGGUCUGCUUGUUCUUGCGUUAGGAAAGUUCCCUCGGUUUCAAAAGGCGAAGCCAUCGUUGAAAAUAAAAUUUUUUCUGGUUCAUCUUAAAACAGAUUGCAAAACAAAAGAGUCCUACUUGAAAAAGAGCGAAAAGGGUAAUUGUUUCUGCCGCCCGCCGUUAAACUUAAAAGAGCAGCGAACUUUUUUGCCGCUAAGGCUUAAAAACUUGAAAGAACAAGAAAAGUUAAUUGGUUUUUGCCGCUUCCCAUUUGUUGUCCCCCGCGCCAAUGAGCGUGAAUCUCGCAUGAAUAGCAUAAAGGAAGGGUGAAUUUGGGAAAGUCAUUUUGCUCUGCUCAUCACAGUGCCAAGAUAUCCGAUUGCUCAAGAUGAAGACAUUAUAUCAGCUCGCCUUUGACGCAGUGCCAAACAAGGGUUUAAUGGCAGAGACGUUUCUUGUUCCUUGGCAUCCAGUUGCCCAACAACUUCAAGCUCAGCAAUACAUUGAAGACAGAAAUAAGUACAGAGAACAACAUCGCGUCAAUUUCAGGUUUGUCUACGCAGAUUUGUGUUUUAUCGAAGCCUUGUUUUCAAACUCAAAAAUUUACCCGAGCAAUGUUGCGUUUUUAAAUCGAUUGUGGAAACAAAUCGAUGAUUUACUUUAGUUCAUGUUGUGUUUUUAGACCGAUUCUGGAAUCCCUGUUUUGGAUUAGAGGUUGCACAUGGUUAAGUGUGAAGACCAAAUGUUGUAUGAUUGAACUGUAAAACGUAUUUUUAAACGCGCUUGUUGAAUGUUUUAUUUUUAGAAAUUGUUUGAAUCAGUUGAAACUUCGAAGAUGGAACAUGUAUUGCCAUAAAACAGAAUGGAUUCCCGUGAAUGGGAAGAUACCUAUGUGUUCCCAAUGUAAAAGAAUUAAAACAACGCAGUAAACACUAGACGGUUUACGUUUAAAAAAGCAACAGAAAUUUGUUGAUAAAAAUGAAGAGGCGCGUUUAAUUCGACGUUUUUACUAUACGCCAAUUCGUAGACGCUUAGAAUUUAUGUAAGUUUUGUUUUUAUUUUCUUUAGAAAAUGUUUGAGGCAGAUUAAGAGACGUCGUUGCUGUAGCUCAGUACAGUGGCUUUCCUUUAAUCAAGAACACUGUUCUCAAUGUAUUCGAAUUUGUAUUGAGGGUUUGAGCGUGGAGGGUCAAAUGAGACAAUCGUUAUGAAGCUGUUGAUUUUCAAAGUGAGCGAAGAAAACUUUUUAAGUUAUAUAGACACACUAGCGCUUUACGUAGACGCAGAAAUCUUGAACAGAGAAUAAUGAAUUCUUUGGGUUUCUUUUAGAAAAGUGAUGCAAGAUAUCCGUUUUUCACCGCUAAAUCCUUUUACAGAGUGGAUUGAAAUCAAUAGGCAGACCACUGAUUUUCGUAUCACAAUUUUAAAUACAACGAUCGAUGAUUUAAAGCUUGUUGACAAUCCUUUUUUUCCGAGUAUUGAAACAAUGAUUGAACAUUUUGAGCGAACCUACACUCACCUAAGAUUAGAAUUUCCCUGGUUUUUUCGAGAUUAUCAAGAUCACUUUGUUAGACCAGAUUCAUCAGGAAUCUGAUAUGUUCCAGUUUGUAAAUAAGAAAAAAGUGCUUUGAAAAGGACUUUAGCCGACUAGCGGUUAAAAUACGUUCCUCUCAUUGCAUUUACUGAGAAAGUUAUUGUACCGUUUUACCGAAGGGAGGUAAAAUGUAAAUAAAAGUUAAGUUUGCGUGUAAUUUACUUGUGUCUUUGGGAAAAAAGAAAUGAACUGAGAUCUGUCAAAUGAACCCUUAGGCUGAGGAGGGAAUUUUCUUAACACUGAUUGAACUGAGAUUUGUCAAAUGAACGCUCCGGCAGGGGAGGGAUUUUCUUAAAACUAAAUGAACCGAGAUUUGUCAAAUGAACGCUCAGGGAAAAAAGAACAAAGAGUAUAGCUGACUCAGCCAAAAUUAAUUAGAAAAACGAACAAAGAGUAUAGCUGACUCAGCCAAAAAUUAAUUGGAAAAAACGAACAAAGAAUUAUUACAGAAGGGAUCAGUUAAAAAUAAAUUAGAAAAAGAACAAAGAGUAUAACUGACUAAGUUAAAAUAGGUCAUUAGGCAAUCUUGGACAACCUUGAACGUUUUUUGUUUAGGAUAACUUAAUGACAUUCAAAGCACGUACUCCACAGCUAAUUUAACUCAUUCGUGUCUCUGAAAGCGUCAUUCAGUUUUUACUGUCUUACUGUGUGGAGCUUUUUGCAAACUAUUUUUUGAAAACGAUGGAUCCGUAUAUUCAUGCUCUUAUGAACGAUGGGCUCGAUUCCUUGUUGGAGGAAAUACCUGACUGGACGACUAGUCAAGGUGAAGAAUUAAUGGACUCGGAGGAUGAAAGCGAUUUGCUAAUUGCGGCGCGCCGAGCAGACCAGCAAGGAGGGAAUCCCUUGUUUUCUGUGAACAUGGAGCGAGUGGGAGCUGCGCGUUCUUUUCACCGUGGUGUGGCAAUUCAAAUGCAAGUCCGAUUUUCUCUGGAGCAGUUACGUCAACGGAAUGGAGAAUAUCAAGGAGAAGCGGCGGCGGAAGCCUUCCACCAAGGGUUGAUUAAUUUCAUCCGCGAUCCUCGCAAUGGUAUUGUCAAUCCUCAGGAUUAUUCCAUGUCCAUGGCUAUUCACCACAGUACAGGGACACAUAUACGUGGACCAGCUGUCCGAGGGUUCCGCUUAGUGAGUGGAUUCAGGGAUCCCCACUUACUCGACAAUGGCUAGAAAGACUGGCUAAACAGCUCAACUCGGCGGAAAAUUUUGAUGCUGCGAGCGGUGAUUUUUACGCUGAACUGUCUUUUUUUAAGACUCAACAACGUGGUGGAAGACCUGCGAAAAACAAGCCUGGCAACAAGUCCUUUGAGCAGUUACUCAAAAAGAAAUCCGUGAUUACCAUUAAGAACAAACAUGACCUGUGUUUUUCCCGAGCCUUGGUUUCUGCCAAAGCCUUUGACAAGACCCUCAGUAUCAAACGAUUUUUAAAGGACAAGGACUGCAGGGUCAUCUUGCGUACAAACGGCAUCAAGAAACCGGGGUUCCUGAGGGAAUGUGCGGGUUGCCAGAAAUACAGCGAAUGCAAGACCAUCUUGGUCCUCAAGGGUACCAGAUUAAAAUCUAUGAAGGAGUCUGUGGUGCGCUAUGGUAUUGUGACCCGUCGUUUGAUUCUGCGCCUAAAAAGCUGUGUCUGCUGAAAGUGCAACAGCAUUUUGACGGUUUACGAAGUGUGCCAGUCCUCGUAAACAAGACCUAUUACUGUCACCGAUGUAACAAAGGUUACAAUCAGGAGAAUGCAGAGCACCAUAAUUGUUCUCAUCAAAACUGUGACAUGUGUCGAAGAAAAAACGGUAAUGCACUGAUUAUCAAGAAAGAAAGCCUGCCCAUGUCUACUGCAAUGAUUGCGGUCGGUCCUUUUACGGUCAAAACUGUUUUACCGCUCACAAGAAAAGCGUAUGUCGUUUGUUCAAAAAGUGCCCGGAGUGUUAUAAAGUGUACCAGUAUUCCAAGAAAAAGAAGCAUGUGUGCGGAGAAUAUCGUUGCCCCAACAGUCGAAACAAAGUAUUGCCAAACCAUCAGUGUUACAUUCAACCCCUUGAAAUAGAUUACAGCAAGCUUCUUGACCAAGCAGACGAAUUUAGCGAGGAAGACCGUGCGAUUCUUGAAGAUCUGGCCGAAGUUGAAACAGUGGAAAAAAGUAAAGAAGAAGAGGACGAGAAACCGCCACCGCUGGUGUGCUGCAUUGACUUUGAAUGUUGGUUGGAUGAAAAUCGUGAUUUUGAGGAUGUUCGUGUGGGGUGGCAAUGUGUCAAUGUGAAAGGUAGCUACCGCGAAGCAGGAAAGGCGUCGGAUAUGUUGGAGGAUGUGAUGGCAAAAACGGUAACCACAGAAAUGAAACAACGGCAGGUGUUUGUGUUCGCUCACAAUAUGCGAGGGUUUGAUUCGUCGUUUAUUUUGCAAUUGUUGUAUGAUAAGGGCUACAAAGUGGAAAAGGUCUUGAGUAUGGGGGUGAAAUUUUUAUCGUUUCAGUGUGGUAAUGUCAUUUUUCGGGAUUCCCUUAAUUUUUUUAACAUGCCUUUGGAAUGGUUGCCGGUGAUGUUUAAUUUGAAGGAAGCGCUUAAGGGUUUCUUUCCUUAUUCGUACAUUUCUGAAGACAAGAUCAGUUACAUUGGUGUGUACCCAAAAGCGGAAGAAUACCAUCCUGAACGUAUGAGCGAAAAACGAAUAAAGGAAUUCAUGACUUGGCACAAAGAAAAAGUGGACAGUGGUGCCAUCUUUGAUUGUCAAAAAGAACUAUCCGCGUACCUGAAAAGUGAUGUCAAAGUGUUAACAGAAUCCAUGGAAAAAUUUGCUAGCGAAAUGUUAGAGUUGACAGGCAUAGACCCUACUGUGGAAUGUGUGACCAUUGCGAGUACUGCGUUUAAAGUAUUCCAGAAAAACUUUUUGGAACCCUACACGAUUGCCUAGGAACCCCUCGGGGGGUGGCGCCACAAUCAACAAAACCAGAGUGUGGAGGCCCUGCAGUGGCUGGAAUUUGAGAAUCUCAAGAUUGGUGGCGGAAUUCAGGUAUGAAUUUUAAGUUGCAGUGAAAGUCUGCACAUUUUAAAUUGAACUUGCAGUGUUUUUCAACAUAUUUCGGUUGGCGAAAUGUUUUAUACUGUGCAUUUGUUGUUGCACGCUACAAAACAAAAAUUAGAAGGAAAUGUAUGGGAAAUAUGUGUAAAAAGUCUGCUUUUUUCAAACUUACAUUGCAGUGUUUUUCAACAUAUUUCAGUUGGCGAAAUGUUUUAUACUGUGCAAUGGCAAAUGCACGACCGAAAUCAAAAAUUAUAAUCUGCGGACCGUCAAGGUAACAAUAACAAAUGUAUAUAUUUUUUUUCUAUCUUUCAGUUUAUAUUUAAAUUCAUUGAAUGGGGAACAAAAGUGAUCACGCCUGUUACCAACUGGAUGGCUACCCAGCCCCAGCAAACUGUUUCAGUACCAGGGUUGUAUUUUUCACGGAUGCUGUAAAUGUUAUCCAAAGCAAAGAAACAUUUGCUUCUGCCAUCCCGAAGAACGUCAUGAAGUUGGUUGAGGCAACCCUGAAGAAAACAGAAGGCGAAUCCAACGCUUGUUCAGGGUAAAACCGUGAUUGAAAUGUGGGGUUUGCGACAUCGCCAGACAGAAAGAAACUGAUCCCUAAAGCUCGCCAAAUGAUGAAAACUUUGAAUUGUUCCAUUUUUUGAGCCUGACCGAGUCGAACUUGACCCUGUACGCCAAAAUGGCAGAAGACUAAGAGACUAUGUUCGGCUUGUAUCCGAGUAUUAACAAGUACGGUGUCUAAAUUCCAAGGGGGCCAGAAAACCAGUACAAUUACUUUGGUUAAGUGGAUAUCGUAUUUGGGGAUUGUUCCACCUGAUGAGUCAGGGCUGGUGGAAAACGGUGACUUUUCCUCUUUGCAGGUCCUGUGUUGAAGAAGAGAUAGCAAACCCCUGGGUACCUGACCAUGUGUGGUCACAAGUGGCAGCAAUGCUGAAAGGUACUUGGGUUUUCCCUGAAUUAUGAAGCGGUUGAAAAAACAAGUCUUGAAUUACGAAGAAAACCAUGAAAGAAAACAUCCUGGUUGAAGCUUAAACAAGAGAGCGCCGGAUGGCCUGCGGGAGUAGAAACCGGGGAGCAGAAAGCCGCCUAUGUCCGCGAUUACAAGGAGCACGAAGGCAUUGAUCUGGAUCCUGAGAAGGUUGCUGUUAAUCCAGGUCGAAAAAGCAUUGCUAAAUUACUUUUGAACAGGUAACUAGUUGCAGUCUUUUUCACACUUAAAAAAAAUUUGCUUGUGUUUGAUAAGCGUGUGAUUGACCCCGCCACUCGUUCUUCCACACCCUACGGUUACAACUGGCUCGGUGGAGACGUUGAACUUUUAAUGGACUUGUAAAUAGUGCGGGUAUGGUUUGCUUGGUAGCGCCAACCCGCUUUAGCUUUUGUAUACAGUUUUUUAUAGGGGUACAGUAGCUUGGAAGCGCGAACCCCUGAUAAGAACAAUUGCAUGCUUUGUUUUGAGAUUAAAUUAGGGUUUGUAACAUUUCAUCGAAGGGAGGUGAAAUGGCUCAAUAAACUAAGUUCGCGACACAAUUGAUUGGUGUGGUCUCUGUUAGUAUAAAUAGAGGGGACAUGGAUGGAUAAGUUACUUUUCGUAAAAUGUCGAACAUUUACCUGACCCUCGUAAGCGAUGUCACGCAAAAUUACGCGAGUCAUGUGGCAAAUCAGGUUAAAGUCAGACCUGGGUUAAGAUUACACGGGGAAGGAUGGAAAGUCUCAAUUGCUUCGGCAAUUUUGCCUAAAAUGUCUCUAUUUAAAGACUUGCAGAGUGCCGAUGUGAAUUUAAUGGAAUUAUGGGCUGAGACUGAAAAAGCAAAUCAAUCCGGUGUGUUGCAAAAAGGCUAUAUCAGUGCAAGUGAUUUACGUGAAUGGGAAAAAGCAGGCGCCUGUCAUGAAGGGGUGGAUUUUUUUAAUACAGUGAAACAUAGAAUAGAAGAAAUAGCGCACGCUAGUUUGGAUGAUGGUUUUAAGUUUAGUUCAGCCCGUUGGCAUACAUUAGCGUGGAAUAAAGACGGGGUGCAACCGGAACUUGUCUUAACUCAUAGCCAUAUGGACAAUUCAAUUUAUAUCUACAAACCGUUGGCGGAAACAUUGCAUUGGAUAAAUACCAAGUCUAAUCAAGCCGAUAGCAUGGGACCAAAUUUGGUACAUAGCUACCCCAAUCACACUAAAGGAGCCAGUUCCUUGGAGACGGGAAAACCCACCCAAAUACUUGGCAAUUGGCUUCAUUUAAGUACUCUCUCCGGUUGGCGUUUUAUUAACCUCAAUCAAAGUUUUGAAGAUGCCUUAAACCUCUACCCCAGACCCCUGGAAGUCUCAGCCAAAGUGACCGCUAACAGCGUGACCGUCACGCAGUCACUGGGUCAAGUGUACUACGCGCCUCAAGGAAGAGAACGCUAUGCGUUUUCACCCACCCAAGAAAACUUUUACGAGGUACAAGACAAUCAUUGGGAAGAGGUUGAAAUCACGCUCAAAGAAUUAAAUGGCAAUCUAGUUGAAUUUCAAUCAGAUAGUCAGUGUGUGAUUCGACUGCAUUUUAAGAAAGAAUAAGGCACAUACAACAUUUCAAUUGUAACAUCAAAUUUUAUUAAGUGAAUAAAAAAACAGAGUUACAGCUUAAGUUUGCAUUUUGCUUGCAUAAUGGUUUUGACGAUCCGUUCUUGUUUGGUUUUCUUGCCUGGGAGGUUUGUAAUAGCGCGAAUCAUUUUAUCGUCCGCUUUCGACUUAUCCUGUAAGUUUUUCGCUUUGGAAUAAUCGAUGUCAUGGAUUUUGGCUAAUUCGUCUAAACGAUUUUUGCCGCGAAGUCCCCUCCUCAGUCUUUCCUUAAGCCGGGUCCCUGGACCAAGAUAAUUCAUUUUAGGGCAAUGAAACUCUUUGCCUGUUUUUUCAAUUAAUUUUUGAAUAGCCAACGCAGCCCCAUGCCGACCGCGCUUUUUUCCCUUUUGCGGUCUUUUUCUGUAAACCUUCUUUUUACCAGUCUUUGCCAUCCAAUCUUCUUUUCACCGAUGUCCCAAAUGGUUUCCAACCUGAAGCAGGUGCGAGUUUCUUUAAGGCUCUUUCUUGAGCUCUUUUUGCUGCCUCGUUAAAUUUUUUUUCAAUACUCUCCUGAGCUUUUUUCAAAGGGGAUUUAGCGGGAACGUCUUCGUCCGCCAUACUAAAAACACUGGAAGGAGGGGAAGGAGUCUUUUUCUUUUUAGGGGUCUUUAACCAGAUGAAGGAGUCUUUUUCGGGGUCUUAGGUAACAGCCGCUUUGCCUUGGAUCCGGUCUUAAAGGUAAACUUGGGUUUUUUACCCGUAGAAGGAGUUUGUUUGACCACAGGAGUUUGUAACACUGAUUGAGGGGUGACCGGUUCUGCUUUCCUUUUUAUAGCCUUACUGAUUUUUGAAACGUUUCCCAUAAAUUGUUGUAACGGGCCUACGGCUAAAUUUCCUUCAUCCUCAUCACUGUCGUCUUCAUCGCGACUUAUUCCUUGUGUUCCUCCUGGUUGACGAAUUUUCUUGACCCAUUGUUGUAAUUCUCGGUUGACUGAUUUUAAACGAGGUUCUUUCCAUGUAUCCGGGGCGGGACUCUCCAACAAAAGUUCUUUUUGAGCGGCUAAACCUGCUGCUUUGGUUAAACGGCUAUCGUCCAAAAGAUUAGAUUUAUAUUUAUCACGCAAACGUAAAAAUUGCACUGGGGUUUCAAUCGGUGUGGAUGAAAUGCCGUCCAUGCUUGCUAAUGAAAAUAAGAGUUUAGCCUUGUCUUUAUAUUGGUUUGGGUCUGUAUCUCUCUUUGACUUUUUGUCAAAACUCUUUGAUCAUUUGUGCUAGUAGAAGCAAAUAGUCUAAUAGACAAAGAAGUUGUUGUAACACUUUACGUUUCAUGACUUAAUAGCGAUAUUGCCGUUUAGCACAGUGAUAACAGCGAUGUAAUUCUUUCCACGCGCCAGCGCCAAUCUGUGAACUCAUCAAAUGUUUGCGCUUUUUUAUACUCUGACGAGGGUUGGCAAUGACUCAAAGAGAUUGACGAUAUGGUUUUAAACGACUCACUGUUUUUCUCCCAGGUUUAACAUUCCCACGCAAUGUGUUCAUCACUAACUCACUCACAGCAUUAAUUUGAUCUGCAUUCGCAUACCGUAAUUUUUGUUGCCGCUUAUUUUGGUUAGCUUUUUUUAACACAUCGUUUAAAAAAUGACUCUGUCUGGUCAUACGCCCUGUCAUGUUUAUUUCUUUCUUUGUGUUCGUUGACGUCUCUUCCUUUUAUACUUCUUUUUCUCUAACGCUUGGAUUGCUUUCCUAGUACCAAAUUUUGUUAAUGCACUUAAACCUCUUAACACAACCGCUUUUCCUCCAGCCGCUAAAGCUGGAAUCGCUGCGGCUAACAUGGGAGCAAUCCCGCCUCGUUGCCUUCCUACCCCUGGUUUACCUUUUCUUCUUUUUGGUUGUCCUUUUCGUUUCAUGUUUAAAUUUGCGUUUGUUUGUGAGUGAACGGCUAUUUAUAUCUUCGUCAAAGGUAUGAACACGCGUAGCUCCCUCUUCUUUGGUUAAAUGACUCCAAAUGCGAAAACAGUCAUGGGAGGCAGGAUGUAAAUCCAACAUAAAAUACCCAAAAGGACGGGAGGUCAGCUUUAAAAACAAUUUGAGUACUUGACGCCAUUUUUCAGGGUACACUUGAAGCAGUAAAUGUCGAAUACCUGUCUUAUCCCUGGGUGAUUUAAAACAAAUCACAUAGUGUGCAUUGCGAUUAAUCGUUUUCGCAAACUUGCCUGGGGGAAAGAGAUCUUGUGUAAUAUAAAGAGCGGUAAUGCCUCGAUGGUGAGAAUCUUUUGUAAAUACAUCCAACACCCGUUUAUUUCUCCCUGAUUCUUCCAUUAAGUCAUCCAAAAUGAGUAUGCCAUGAUGCUCUGGUUUAAACCAUUUUACGAGAGCCCCUUCAGGAGGAAGUCCUUUGUAAAACAUAAUGUUUUUUCAUGCGAUCAAAUCGGGGUUGCCAUCGGUCAUAACAAUACACUAUUUUUUUCGGAGGAGGGUCAAACAAUGUUUUUUCUUUGAGUAAUUUUUCCACUAAUUCACUUUUCCCACUACCUGAGGGCCCCGCUACAAUCACGCUAGCAGGUUGUCGAAUCAUGUUUCCCACGGCUUACGAAAAUGAGUGUAAUGUCCUGUUGCUCCUACUGCACCCAUACGUUUAUAGCGUUUGUCCUUGCCCAAUUUAUACCCAAUUUUGGCUGCAGUGGAUAAGACUGUGCUGAGUCCUUUGCCUCUCUGAUAAUGACGGACGUUAUCUUUUAUACCUUUCAACGCUUGUUUCCCUAAAAAGGCCCGUAAUUUGAUAAAAUUAGGAGAAGGACCAGACAGCCCCAUGGCAACUCCCUCGGCUAUUUUAUCAACCAAAGGGGGUUUUCGUCUAAAUCGUGCACCCCCUUUUUGACUUUUUCUUUUUUUUACUCGUUGUUUUCGCUUUCGGGCCAUAGUUGUUGAUACAAUCGCGGUGAGUUCAACUGAAUGAGUAGAAGUAACUGAUCCAAGUUGACUGAAAAAGUCGUUUUUAAUCAAGUUUACGAUCACAUGGUUUCAAAUGCUAUUUUUCCUGCGCUUCAAUCUUCUUACAGGCAAUUCCAUAGCACUGAAACUGCACUUAUCAAGGUGAUGAACGAUAUUUUGUUAAAGAUGAACUCUCAACAUGUCACUAUGUUAAUUUUAUUUAUCUCAGUGCUGCCUUUGACACUGUUGAUCAUCGAAUACUUUUAGAGAGGCUAUCUGACGAGGUUGGCAUACGUGGGACUGCUCUGAAUUGGUUUAGAUCGUACUUGUCUGAUAGAAGUCAGCGCGUUUCUGUACAUGGAGUUCUUUCUCGUCCUUUUGACUUGAACUUCGGGGUACCCCAAGGCUCAUAAUAUAUGCGUCCAAGCUGUUUAAGAUCGUGGAACAUUAUCUUCCUGAUGCUCACUGUUUCGCUGAUGAUACGCAGCUGUAUCUGAGUUUUAAACCACUCGGCAACACUGCUCAAGCUGAUGCUAUACAAGCUAUGGAAAAGUGCAUUGACGCGGUGAGGAAAUGGAUGAUUCAAGAUCGGUUGAUGAUCAAUGAUGAUAAAACGGAGUUUUUGUUAGUCGGCACACGACAACAGCUUGAUAAAUUAGAUUCGUGUUCCAUAACUGUGGGCAAUAAUCGUAUCAGUCCAAGCCCGUGUGUUAGAAACCUUGGAUCGUGGUUUGACAGCAACUUAAGCAUGACUGAUCAUAUAAACAAGGCUUGUAAUGCGGCAUUUUAUCAUUUACAUAACUUGAGACGUAGUAAGAAAUACCUGUCAAGAGAUUCUUUAAUUACUUUGGUUCAUGCUUUUAUAACCAGCCGUCUUGACUAUUGUAAUGGUUUAUUGUUUGGCUUACCAAAUGUGCAGAUCGCUAAAUUACAGCGUGUACAAAAUGCAGCAGCAAGACUUAUUCUUGGCAUUGGAAAGUUUUCUCACAUUACAGCGGCGCUUUAUGAGCUGCACUGGCUGCCUGUUUCUUUGCGUAUUGACUAUAAGAUUUUACUUUUGACUUUCAAAUGUAUUUAUGGCCUGGCGCCAACUUAUCUUAGCGAUCUUAUUAGUAUAAAAUCGAAUUCAUUAUAUAAUCUUAGGUCUACUGGUAAGCUCUUAUUGGACCAUCCCAAGGGAAAGAUGCUUACAACAUUGGGAGCAAGAUCAUUCUCAGCAGCAGCUCCAAAACUCUGGAAUGAGCUACCUGUGGAGCUUCGUCAGGCAACAUCACUUAACAGUUUUAAAUCUCGACUUAAAACCUAUCUUUUUAAGAAGUAUUUUUAUAGUUUGUAACUUAGUUUAUUUUAUUCUCACGGUAAUGUAUUUUCGUUUUCUUUUAAACAUAUGAUUGUAAAGCGCUAUUGAUCAGCACAUGUAAAUACGCGCUAUAUAAAUUGGUAAAUUAUUAUUAUUAUUAUUAUCUUUUAAAUGGGUUUCACCUACUCACCUACUCUGGUUUUUUCUUUUCAACACCCACAAAGUACUCCUGUUUCUCUUCAUCAUUCGCUGUGUUUCUUUUACAUGCUGGGCAGUCAUUUUGUCCUUCCUCGAAAACGUCUUGUCGCAAUGUAGACAUGGGACUCUGAUAUUAGUCCCACAAUAUUUCUUGUGACGACAAAAGGUAAUUCUGUUCUUCAGCUGUCAAGCGUUUCGGGAAAUGCUUGUGUUGUAUUUUCCCUUCGGAAACAUAUUCUGUAGCAAUAAAAUCACACUAUUGUUAAACCUUAUUGUUAAAAUAAUAAACAUUGUUCAACUGACUACUUUGUUGUGUAGUAAAUCAACUCGGAAAGGGGCUGAUAGUACAGUGGUUUAGUAUCCCUGCUUGUCACGCAGGUGACCCGGGUUCGAUUCCCGGUCAGCUCGUUCUUUCUUAAUCUUGUGAUGAUAGCAAGGUUGGGAAAGACUUUUUUCUUUACUUAUAAACUUAGAAAUAAUAAUGAGAACACUUAGAAAACGUUUUAGAACGGUUUUACACAAGAUUCAGUACUGUGCAUGCGUACUGUGCAGGGGACAAAAAUUCUGUCCCACAAUUGUAAGUCGUGACUGUCAUCCACAUAUAUAACUUCACCUUUACAAAUUCAGAAGUAACUAAGUUCCAAGUCCUCUCCGACCGUCAUCUUGAAUUUUUAAUUUGAUUGACAACUUAGAACAAUAGCCUUAAAACAAUAGCGGCGGCGGCAUCCUUUGAUACCCGAAGUGACCACCUUUACUACUUUUGACAACCUGUACGGUAGUUUUUAUUUUUAUAUUUUUUCUCUUUAGGUUGGCGGCCUAGUCACCUGGAACGAUGACACUAGACGGCGUUUUCGGUUUAAUGUGAGAGUUCUAUUUGAGCGGCUAAUCAGGAAAUUUGGGUGAGGAAUACAUCAGUCUAGUUAUAUAGUUUAAGAGUAACUUAACACGGCAUACAAAUCUCCUUUUCUCUUUUGUCUUCACCAAAGAAAAUGGCCACUUCAGAAAAUCUAGGGAGAAUGUUGGGUGCAGUGAUUUCUUGGAUCGAUUAGUUGGACAAGCAUUGGUUUCGUCUGGUCGAUGGUAUUCAAGACAGCCCUUAACCAAUCACAAGUAACCAUUGUCCACCUAAAUGAUCCCAGGGAUCGUUGUGCCUAAGGCUUGUAUCCAUUCCCUUUAUAGUUUCUAGAAUGGGUAGUUAUCAACCUCUGACGGAUCAAACUAUCUCCAUUUCUAUUUUAUUUUAUCUUAUUACUUCGGCGGAGCGUGAAGUAAAGGAUUCGCGACGCUGAGGAAUGUAUCAAAGUUGCAAUUUUUUGACAAGAUUGGGCAAGCAAAGUCUGUAAGUUUUCGGCUCUAUUCGGUUAUUUGACGAAGUGAGAGCCGAAUGAGUUCGAGAUAUCUCGAGAUCACUUCGAUUUCUUUGAUUUAUUCUUAAACUUUUUCGAGGAAGGGAGAAUUAUUAUUUUGGCUUCCCCGGGGUUUGAACCGACUCACCUGUGUGACCCGUCAGAUCAGAGGAGACUCUAAGUUGAGGGAUUAGCCGAUUGCGCUACUGCGACCCAAGGUAGUGUGGGAGAUGAAAAAUAGUGAUGAAGUGAUGCACUAGUUUCGGGACAAGAUUGGGCGUGCAAGUUCGUGACUUUUCGGCUUGUUUCAACUAUUUCACGAAAUGAGAUCGGACUACUUCGUGAUAUCUUGAGAUCACUUCGAGUUUAGUCUUUAAUUACUCGAGGAAUAAAUAGAGGAUAUUUCGUGGCCGCGCAGAGACACGAAAUUUCUCUUCGAGUGUUGAAAAACAUUUCACGAGUGAGCCCUCCUUUCGAACUGUUUUAUGAUGAAUUUAAAGUUACAAAAUGCUGCACAAAGACAUUUUGUCUUUGUUGAGUGUUACGUAGUAAAAUUACUUUCAUGCGUUGCGUGACUUUCUUCGGAUUAGCCAUGAAUAAUUAAUUAGGGCAUGUUUACAUUUCAGCAUGAGUCAGCCGAUUGGCAUCAGUUACUGAAAUCAUAAAAUAUGUCGAAAAGCUACUACUAUUCGCCUGUUUAGUAUUCUCUAGAACCUUAUGUCAAACGGUAUACAAGUUCCAAGCGAGUUCUUUUGACGAACUAAGUUUUUCCCACGAGCUGGGCUGCUGUGUUUAGUCAAGUGUGACGAAGGUCGAUUAUUCAGGUUCUGUGUUUACAAGUUCGCGGAAGCCGUAAGAUAUCUGAAGUUGAAGUGAGAGUUUGUUAUUAUUGGUAGAGGCUGUUUAGUUUUACUCAAAGUUCAAGUCAAGUUUGUGUUGGCGGAUGCUGUGUUUUAAAGCUCUGUAAAGGCUAUGUUCCUUUGGUGUUAAACUUCCUUGUGUUAAUCCGACAUCCCUGCGUGCUGAUAGUCAGUGAAUAAUUAUCCUCAAAACAUUCGAACUCGUGACUUUGAGUUUUAGCCAAUUCCAUUCUCAACGUAAUUGACCCCUUACCCAUGCCUUACAUAUCUUUAAUCAGUAUAUGAGACUGCUAUGCUGUUUUUGAAGCCUGAUGUGACUAAGAAAAAUAGAGAAUUGUUUUUUAGAAGGAUUUGUAUGGAGUCAUCAGAGCAUAACUGGGCUAAUAUCGCGGGGACAAUUUGUCCUGAAAUGCUAGUUUUUGGCAAGUAGGCCUCUUGGAUGUUGCUCUUUUCAGAAUAUCCUGACAAAUCCCAUAAUUUCACACCUUACUCUUACCAUAUUUGAUUUCUUACUAUUCCUCCGCAUUUACAAUUACAUGUAAUUAGUUCCACAACCACGACGCCGAAGUGUACGCUAGCUCCGUAGCGUCUUGUUAUUUAUUAAUUUGUUCGUUUAUUAUUUGGCCAGUGAAUCUUAGUGCAUGCUCUAUCUAUGCAUCUCAUAGUUAUCACACUAUCUACAAGUGCACUCCUGAGCAACAUCAAAAGUUGGUUCACAAUAUACACAAGACAACACAGAGACUGAAGCGACAGAAAAUGGCUGCCAGAAGAGAUAGGAAUUCGGUAAGCAUGUUGUACGAGAAGUAUAGCACAUCUCCAGGGCAAUUCUACUCUUAGAGUAAGCGUUCUAUUUAUCCGAUUUACAUAUAUUCCUGAUGGUACGUGGUGGCCAAGCUUUUAAUACCUCUAACUUCAGAUCGUAGGUCCGAGUUCGAACCUUGCCAACGCGUUGUUUUCUUAGAAAACAAAACAAAACAAAAAAACUCUGCUCCGCCAUGUCCCUCUUCACUCACGUGUAUAAUAAAAAAUGCCAUUCACGUGGUACAAACCACCAUGCUGGAGAGCAAGAGACAUGCUGGGAUAAAAGAAAGAAACAAAGAGCUCGCACCAUCUAAAAUAGUAAUUUCCUUUGUUUGUUUUGUCCCAUUGCGUCUGUUGCCAGCUAGCAUAGGGGUUCUGUAACACGUGAAUGAUAAGCUACAAAGGGCCAGAUGGGUACACAUACAACUUAUUGUGGCCACGGAGUGGCAUAUCGUCCAAACAGGAGUAGCAGUUUUCCUGUAAGUGCUUCUUGUUAUGGGUCUCAUGGCUUGUGGGUGGCUUAAUCAUUACAGAGGCUAACAAUUUAACAUGACCAGUUUAUAAAUGUACAACAGCUGUUACAUAGUAGGUUGUUUGGGGAUAAUAACCGGACACAUCCUACUCUUUUGGUCCACAGGACGAAGGCAAGGUGCUAGCAGAAGAAGAGACUCCACAAAUUGAAAGGUAUGAAUAGAUGAACGUGAUUUAAGCCGUUGUCUUUUUUGUUUUCUUUUUUGCUUAUUACUUGGGCAAAGGAACCUUUUAAUAUAAACCAAGCGUUCACUUCCCAUUAGACUGCUUUGCCCCUCCAAAAAGGCCGCCAUCCCUUUGUUUACUUCUCCAACGUAACAUAACAGACAGACCCUACAUAAUCAUUGUUCCGUAAUGUGUCGGAGAAGUUUAAUAUUAGCCCAUUUGCAUCAAGAAAUCUGGUAAUGGAACCAGAAACAGAAUUGGACACCAACAAUGUGGAAGGUCACAUAUUGUAAUGGAGAAUUUUAGGAGGGAGAGUAAGGAUUUGCAAGGAUUUGCAUGGCUGCCAUGUUGCAAGGAAUGAUGUCCUUCCUAAGUGGAGGGCAUAUUCUCAGCUUAGUGUCAUCGCACUUUUAUUCUCACUUAUUCUUAAGUGGAUGUCAAAAGUAAUUUCCUUUUGGUGGCCAAAAGAUAAGGAGACUUGAAUACCCCAGUAAUGAUAUUGUUCCGAGAAAUGAUCACAUUUGUCGCAUUUAGCAUCCACCCUUAUCCAAAUGUUCACAUGGUUCCAGUGGUUCAAAAGGUGGGUAACCCUGUCUACCAGGUACACAGAAGUCGCUCUCCACUGGGUAACACAAUUGGUUUCCCUAAGACCUAUCCAGUGGACAGUGAUUUAAUCGGUGGAUAGCUACUUUUGAACGAUCGGGUCGGGUGUUAAUGGGUAGCUAAUGUCCAGUGCGUUAACGAUAAAGGAAUAAAAUAGCAACAACCGUCAAACAAACAAAUCUUAACACAUUCUAGUAAGUUUUUGGCUGUUUUUUUUUUAAUUAUUAUUUGUAUUUAUUUAUUUAUAUAUUAUUUUUUUGUGAAAACGCUGACUUCAUGAUCCAAAAUAAAGUUCACUCUUUGAGCCUGUUUUCCGCAGCUUUUGCUUCGCAGUUACCCUUGUUUAAAAACAUGACCAGCAAGAAAGUCAAGAAGCUUGCAUUACGUAGUUCAAAAAUCAGUUGUUUCGUGUUUUCCUUACUAGUUAUGAAGACAUCAUGUUCGGAGAUGAUGAAGGGGAAGAGAGACCCGGAAUGAAAGCAAAGAAAAAGGUAAAAAUUUCCAUUCCACAUGUUUUCUUUGUUUUUUGUCGGAAGCCUCUUUUAAUAUUCAUAUUUUCUGGUAUUUUCAGCUCUUUUCUUCAGGGUUCUUUUUAUAUUAUUAAAACCCUAUUUGUAAACGGUAAGAUUUUACCAGGUAAAGCGCUUUAAAGAAAGUCUCAGUUGACUGUAUCUGGUAUUAUUUUUUGUUCUUGAAAUCUUUAAUCUCUCGCUAAUGAUAGAUUUACUUGUCAGUGUUUUUUCUUCGCUGAGCGCAGUUGAUUGAUAGACUGAUUAAGCGAUUUACUGACUCCUGGAUUUUCUACAUUUUUGAAUGUAUUUGAUCCUACAGGCAAACAUGGACAGUAAAACAAACCAACGAGCUAAAGCUCCAAAAGCCUGGAUCCGAGAGGGAACUGAUGAGGAGCCAGUUGAUUUCCUUGACCCGAAAGUGGUGCAAAGGGUCGUGGGUAAGUCUUUUGCUCUCCUUCUAUUUUACAGUUGUAUGCAGAACAAGCCGGCAUUUGGAUGGAAGCGAGACUGAAAAUGGUUUUGUUUUGCUAGAAGUCUUAGUGCUCUUAGUAUGUAAGUGAGAUCUACUUUGCAUAUGAGAAUUUCGAACAUGAUUUACUUAUCUCCCGUAAUCAACCUUGUUCGCCCUUCCGCCCGCCCAACAAAAUGUUGCAUAACCUUUGCUUUUCAUUUCUUCUGGGAAUUACAUUGGUCCCAAGAAAAAAUAAAGACAAUGGCUAUGUACAAUUCUGAGGGCAACCAAGGGAAGGUGUAUUAUGGGAGAUGUGCAAAUGGUGAAUACCAUUGUCUCCUCGCUUUUCUGAAUGGCACUGAAACACUCUUCACACUGUGCUAACUACAAAAUAUUUGGAGUUGGCUGUAUCAAAACUACCACUGUCUUACAUUUCCACGUUUCUCUUUGAAGCCAGCGACCCCACAAAGCCUGCUAAGCGUAAAAAGACGGACGAUUUUGAGACCUCGGCUGAUGGAAAGCUGAUAAUCAGGGAUGACGAGUCCGAGAAUGAGCUGCAGGAGCCUGGAGCCAAGCGCAAAAGAAAACCAGGUGAUGGUUGAUUGAUUGAUCGAUUGGUUGAUCGAGACUAAAGCUCAAAUGACCUCCGAGAGAGGCCAAGAGUAUCCUAUCAUCCAAACACAGUUAAGGCUUUUUUGUUUAAUACUUCAGGGAAAUUCAGAUUUUUCGAACCACUUUAGGAAAAGCAAAGUGUUUCGAAUAUUCGAGGUUUCAAAAAAAUGAUGAUUCUACUGAAAACUUUUAAUGACAAACAACAGAACUCUUCUUUACAAUUCAAUUCACCUCAGUUACUUGGUUUGCAGCGAGAGGCCAACAUUUAAAUAUCAUGUAUUAAAUUUCGUAUUUCACUUACGUCUUUCUGAUGGUAUUUACUUCCGUUAUCACCUUUGUCAGGUUUCCAGGAUUCAGAUGAUGACAUGGACGAGGUAAGUUAAUUAUUAAAGUGUUAUUAUUUGCAUUUUCUACAAGGGGACGCAUUAUUUGUGAAUAAAAUCGAAAUAAUGAAAUAUGAGUUUCUCGAUUUCAGUUUCUCGAUUUCUUUUAUUCCGUUGUAGAAAAACAGUUACGGUUUACCAGUUACAUUUUGUCUGCUGAGGUUGUAGUUAAACUGGUUUGGGAAAAUGUUUGUUAUCACAAAAACCUUAGGGGUGAAAGCUAAGAGCAAAGUCAACGCUUACAACUUGGAAUUGCAACCCUGUACUAUCCUAAGUCUUGUAUGUUGUAUAUUUUCGGAAAACUACUUUAACCAAGCCGCCUUUUUUCCACCAGAAUCCAUCUUUGAGAAAAAAGAAACGGAAAUCCUUUCAAGCUGAUGCUGAGGAAGAAGGCGAGAACCAAGGUCUGUCUGUCCCUCUAUCUAUCUAUUUGUGUGUCUGCUGGCUGGUCGGCCGGUCGGUCUGUCUGUCUGUUUGUAUAUCUGUCUGUCUAGCUUUUUACCUUGAGCAAAAGGUUAUCGAACAAGCGUGCGCUUUCUUUAACCUUUUGUUUGUUUGUUCGUUUUUUUUUUUUUUGCAAAUUGGAGCAAAUCUUUUGACAGUUUGUUCUACCUGUCUUGUCUUUUCACUAGAGUUUUAAUUUAUUUCGUUUAGUUAAGUGAAAUCGGAGUUUCGUUUCCCUUACAGGACUUCCGUCAAAACGCGGACAGAGUGAAAAGCCCUUUGGAUCAGAAUAUAAGGCCAGGGUAUGCUUCAGAGAAUGAUUAAUUGAGACGGAAUAAUUGAUUAUUUAGUUUCCUAUGCGAGACGAAAUCUGAUGAGUGACGACCAAAGGAAACAACGUGCAGUUGUCAGACUCGGCUGAAGCAGAAGUAACGGACAUGUGCCUUUUCUUUCACCCACUUCAAUGUGACUGGCACAGAGACUUAUCCUGAAACAUAUUACUGGGCAAUGUCUUUGAAAGAUGACCCCUCGUGACUUGCACGUCCAUACUCAUUGAUACCUAGCCCUGUUGAUCCUAAGCGGAAUCGAUCAUGUUCUAUGGGCCACAUUAGCGCUUCCUGGGUACUCGUCUUUCACAUUCAGGAUCCUCUAUCUUGAAGUGGACGCAAAUAACGACCCAACUUCAUGCUGACUCCCCUUCAAAGUAUUUAUCUUUGCUGCCUUUCAGACAAGCUAGUAAAUGUUACAAUAUCUCUAAUAUCGUUGUCUUUGUUUGCCUUUAUAGAAAGCUGGUGGGGAUGUUAAAAAGAAAGGAAAACCUGACCCAUUCGCUUACGUACCUUUGCAGCGCAACGUACUCAAUAAACGGUAAGAAUUCCAGAUUUUAUCCUAAUACAUCAAAUAUACUAGCGCUACCUCGAAAGUCCGUUUCGUUUGUGUACGUACAAACGGGACAGAGUUUUGUUCCUUUCGUUGUGCGAAAAUUGAGCAACCCCCAAAUAAGGAGAAACAUUGCUUAGCAUAAGUUAUUUGUGAAGCAUUUGUUACCUCAGUGCCGUUUUCGUUUUCAGUAACAAGUCGUUGUUUCUUUUUUUCAAACAGAAAACAAAGAAAAAUGGCUGGGCAGUUUAGGGGACUAGUGCGGGCUACUAAACGAGGAGCAGCUAAUGCCAGACCCAAAAAAGGGAAAAGAUAG